AUGGACCACAAACAACCCUCGCCUGUGGCGAGUCGUCAGGCCUCGAGUUGUUUCUCUUCACCGACUGUCGUGGGAAACUUCCUCGACUUCAUGUUGCCCAAGGCUCAAUCCACAGCUAUCAAAUCAGUCGACCGGAAAUCCUCCCCCAGCCCCUUGCGUGAGGCCGCAACCUAUACGGUCGUUACGAAUCGGUCUUCGUCGGCCUAUGAUAACGAUCUGGUGCAGCGCAUAAAUUCCCCGGCUGCCAGUGGUGGUGAUGAGUCAAUGCAGCUACUUAAUUUAGAGAGUAGGUUACCGCGGAUUCUCUUAAUCUGUUAUUUUAGACCUCUCCGCUUGUCUGCUUGAGUACAGCACCUCAAGCGGGGCAAUGGAAGGUCAGCAGCCCCAACAGAAGUCAACCUCUAUCCAACCGGACACUUCUGCACACCGUGGCGGCGUCGGAAAAGGGAUAUCUGUGGAGGAGCAGGAGGCGGUGGAACACGCGGUGCGCUUAAACGCUGAGGAACUCCGUCAUCUAGAAGAAGCCUUUGACGACUUUUCACAGGACACUACUGCUGCUGCUUGUCGACCACCGACCUCUAAAAAUGUGCAGAGUGCGGACACAUGUGGUCUCUUGCGUUCACCUCCUUCAGUGGAAGCAUCGGUAUUUGAGAGCCCCGAUGCGACGAUGGCCUCUUCUAUCCCCUCCCUGAACGAGUCACCUAGCAGUAAGCAUAGCACCGUAGACGCGGAGCCACACUGCGGCGUCCUCUCAGAGAGAGAUUUCAACGUGUCCAACUCCCCCUCUUGUCUUCAAGGUUACAAGGUAAAGCAUUGAUUAUUUACUACUUGUCUGCAUGGAAGCUUUUUGAGGCCCAUUUUAGUACUUGGCUUUGCUGUUCUCGCUAACUGAUCGUCGCUCGUGCGAAUGCUUAGCGUCUCUCCUGUUCGUUUGCCCACACUAUCGACGCGUGUCUUGUCUCUUCCCAGCCAGGUUUUCCAGCGGCAAAGAAAUCCUUGUCUGAAGAGGAGGAGGAGACGGAGGACAGGGAGAACCAACCGCCAAACACCACCGGUUCCGAGCCUGUUUUGCUAUCUGACGCUCAGGAAGAUUCCUUUUCACCCUCUUUAUCGGAUCCCAUUUACAGGAGGCGACUAUCUACCAUCCUCGAGUGUCAAAGCAAGGAGUCCUUGGUAGGCACUCAAUGUCUGUAGCAUGUUUUUUCGACUAAAAGUGUAGCAGGCUACCAUAAAACCAGCUUUUCUCCGUCGAUGCCUGGGUUGUUUUUAGUGGUAAAUUCAGUUUAGGCCGUAGUACUUACCGGUUUACCAGUGAACCCGAACCCUGCCGUGAGCAGAACUCUUGCUCGUGCGAAUUACGUUAUAUCCACAGUCCCUGAUUGAGUGCCAAGCGGCUGCUUUACUGGAGCCUUCGAUAUAUGGAAUUUUUGUGGCUUAAAGUCCAAUCAACGGGCCUCUAAAUGGACGAUCAACAAUGUUGCUUACUUGAGCGCCGCCAUCGGUACAUUGCGCAGCAGUCAACUUAUCUCUCGAUGACUUCAGCCCACUGUCUGCGUACACUUAGGAUAACAUUGUAAGAGACGAACACUGUUUACCGUAAUUGAUGCAGGAACCAUUUCUACGGCAGACUUCAGGCUAUCCAGACACAGGUCUGCGAGAAGCUGACACUACACUACUUCGUAUCCAAAACCGUUUUGCGUGUAGGACAAUCGCAACGGUCUAGGGGGCGAAAGUGCUCAUCAGAGCAUUCCCCACUACAACACAUCUGACGCACUUUUAAACUAUCACGGUGAGCUACGUCUAAGACACAAUUCUGUUUCCUCCGUUUUUGGCAAACAACGUUCGCUUGUUGUAUCGCGUUUCCCUACAAUUUAAAUCCAACCCGUUUAUGAUGUUGGCCUGUGGUAUAUGUGGGCAAAAGUAGGAUAGUUAUAGUACCAAAUUAGUAGUGUGCUACAGUUGUCGUCGACCAAUAGAAGCUUGGUCCUCUCAAUACCGCUGAUUUUUUCAAGUUCCGAUGAAAUGGGCGGAUCCUACCCAAUAGGUUUUCUAAGACCUAAACCGCAGCUCGUCGUAUGGACUUCGUGUGAGUCCUAAAUGUGUUGAUGUACGUCCUCAUUUGCCCUGCAGCAAACCGAUCCAGCGUCCCAUUUGCGUGGAUUAGUGUUCAGUCAUAGCCGAAGGUAAUACCGUUGCACUGUCCGCGACUGACUAUUUAUCAGACUCUAGAGCCUGCCUAUUUUGAAUCUGACCCUCACUUAUGCCUGCCUUCUGUUUACGGGCGAAGUAGCCCUCAACUGGACUAAUGGACAUUUUCUGCGAGGUUUCUUUGGAAUUUUCGGUGCAGGCGGGUGUCCAGCAGCCGCUCAGAUUGUUUGUUCGAGGUUGUCUCUAACGCUUUUGGCUCGAGAGCCUAAAACCGCAAAGCAGCGGUGCCAUGCAAACCUGUUUAAUGGCGAUUGAUGGUAGCCACGUUACAGUGAUGCUAAGGUGCGUUGUGGUUUGGGUAAACAGUUGUAGGGUUCCUGGACCAAUCCAGAAACUGAGAUCCCGCUAAGUGAAUCCACGACCUAGUUUAACUGUGCCUCGGACGGAGAACUUCAAUAAAGACCAUUGACUGCUGCCUCCAUCGAUCUAGCCCACAGAGAUUGUUCGGAUGUCUGUAUUCAGGACCUCAAACGUACUGGAUUUCCGCAUUCUUACACCAGAACUUCCGACACGAAGUAUUCGGGGGGAGAACGGGGGGCAACCCCUCCGACGUGUGCUGACGCUAAAAUGCUCUGAUGCGUAGUGGUUGCCAGUUUCAGUACCGCACAUCAUUCCUCUCUGUGUGCAGACCUAGUGUACUGUGUGGGGAGCCAGGUCGUGUGUGGCACGCGUAAACGAGCCGUUUAGACUUGCUAACCGCUGCACCCAAUCCUCACAUUUGAUGUUCGACCGGAUCCAACAGUGGACCUGCUGUGGGCAAGAGAUAAGAGAGGAUGAGGUCGACUCCGGGGACUCUGUCUCCACGACAUCCAGCAUACAUUCCUUACUAUAAACAAUUCGACGCGCUUUUAAACUAUCAUGGGGAGCUAAAUACAGUGACUUCGAAGGCUACCAGCUGGUGGCACAACUCGGUCCUCCUUUCGAGACGAAAAGUAAGGCUCCAAUGACUCUCUCCUAAUGUGGACUUUCGGGGGACUGCCAGUUAUUUGGGACCCGGUCCACCGUGCUCGGACCAGACGUGUGUGGCACGCGCAGACGGGCUGUUUGACUUUUUCAGUCACUGCACCAGAUCCCUCCUCCGGUCGUCUUGACACUGGGUCCAGGAGGGAGAGAGUGGGAUAGAUGCAGAGCAAGUCGCCGUACCUGCGUCCGCCAUGCUGCCUUACACUCGGUGGACAUCGUCGCUCGCGACGGCCGAACCGCCAUAUGACUGCACAUUUAUCUGACAUCAUGCGCGAGCCACGAAACCUUGAACUGUCUGGAUUGUAGUCAGUCAGGCUGCUUGCAAGGUCAUUGAAGCACCAAAUCAUCAAACUUUUGUCGCAAUAUCGGAAGCACAUGUUGAGGGCUUAGCAGUUUUUCACUACUGUCGCAUCCUUAGCCAGGCUCUAAGCGACCGAUUAGAUGGUCGCUCGGAAGCUGACACUACACUACUUCGUACCCAAAACCGUUUUGCGUGUAGAAAAAUCGCAACGGUCUAGGGGGGUGAAGGUGCUCAUCAGAGCAUUCCUCACUACAACAAAUCUAACGCGCUUUAAAACUAUCACGAUGGGCUAAAAGCCGUGGCUUGGAGGGCUACCAGCUGAUUGGAUAACUCGGCCCUCGUGGUCAGUGCUGUGCGUAUGUUGGGUGACUGACUCUAGGACUGGGAGUCAAAUUCAGUGGCUCCUUAAUUUGUCCUAUGCUAUGGAACUUUCGCGAAGAUCCGCUCCCCCCUUUUCUGUGCUGAGUUUGUGCAGCGGGGUCAGGCUAUGUGGCACGGGCAGACGCCAGAUGACUGGCCGGCUCAGACGGUGAGCUGUCGCAUGGAAGAGGGAUGAGAGACAGUGGUCAGCACCUGAGUGUGCAUUCCUCACCAGUAAUAGCUACGAUGUGCUUCUAUGCAAUCCUGAUGCGUCAAAAGUCGUAGCGUAGAAGGCUGCCAGCCGACCAGUUAACCCGGUCUUCCCGGUGAGUACUGUGUAUGUGGGUUGACUGACUCGACGACUAGGAGUGAAGCUCAGUGGCUCCUUUUUGACAUACAGUAGGUGGGCUAAUUCAUGAGAUGUCAACCGAAAUUCCGAAAUACGUUUUCGUUUCGAAAAGAUUAAUUAAGUAGGCUUGUAAAACCAAUCAUCGUGCAGCGUAAUUCUAUAAUAAAUCACUUACCUUAGGAUGCCGGCCUUUGAAUGAAAUUCUUUCUGGCAGCAUUGAAAAAACACUCUGUAAAAGUGACUUCCUAAGCAGCAUGCAUUUUUCUCAGUUAUUUUCGAUGCCCCUAAAAUUCCAGUUAUAUUUCACGGAAAACACGCAUAAAAAUAUUCCUUUCACUCAUUCGAUAGAUAAUUACAUCUUCUAAUUUUAUACUCGAAGGAAGGGUAGAAUUCGGUUUUCAAAAACUUUUCCAACUUCCGAAUAAUUUCGAACCCGCUCUACCGUUGCACUUGCAUCCAAGGUUUCCAAACUACAAGCCGUAUAUUUUCCACGUACGGAAAACCACACAUUUCUCUACGGUACUAAAGGAGGACCAUGUAGGGUUCAUAAAAUGUAGCAGUGGAUUUGAUCCAUAUUGUUAACUUAACAAGCCACAUUGGUAAAUGCAGAGACAUGACGAUUUAUGAACGGCCGUUUCACGGUAUUGAAAAGUCCCGCAAUAAGGAACUCCUUCUAAACCGAAUCAUGUCCCCCCUUCGAGUAUGAAGUUAGAAAAAGACACAAUUUGCUACUGAAUGGGCAAACGAACGAAUAUGUUUAUACACUUUUUUCCAUGAAAUAUAACUGGAAUUUUAGGGCAUCGAAAAUAACUGAGAAAAAUGCAUGCUACUUAAGAAGUCAUUUUUCACAGAGUGUAGUUUUUGCAUGCAGCCGGAAGGAAGUUUAUUCGAAAGCCGGAAUGCUGGGGUAACUGAAAUAUUAUAGAAUUAUGCUGCGGGCUGACUAGUUUUACAACCCUACUAAAUUAAUCCUUUCGAGACGCAUUUCGGUUGACAUUUCAUGAGUUAGCCCACCUACUGUAACCUCAGUAGGACUCUCGAACGGAAAUCCAAACCGCUGCCUUUUUUAUGAAAGUCGGAAUUAAUUUUCUUUGUCAGUCACUGCUUCGGAGCCCACUUCCGGUCGUCUUGACAUUGCUUUUUCACAGGAACCAGAUUGCUCAGGGAGGAGAGAGUGCGGUAGAUGCUGAUAAAGUCCGCCUCCCUAUAAACUAAUUCAUGUGCGAGCUACCGGUGCUGCGCCUACUCCAUGAGGCACACGGUGGACGUCGUCGCCCACGGUGAUCGAUCUCUCACCUAAGAGCCGUUUAUGUGUAAGGGAACCAAAACAGUCAGUAGAUUCUAAGGAUGAGAGCGCCUAUGCCCUGAAAUAGGGCGAAAAGAUGGUAAAUGCAUCUGCGUUCUGGUCCGCUGAUCGCCUGUCCAUUACGAGUUUGUCCUGCUUUAGCAUCGGUCAGUACAAACUUGCUAAGUAAAUGCCUGGCCAGAACGUUAGGACUGACAUAUAUGGCCCCCUAAACAGGACAUGAGAACAGAGACCCCCUGCAAUACGGGUGGCUUUGAGCUAACUUCCUGCGAAAUUAGGGUCAGGCUAAAGGUUACGGUUAGAGUUAGCUUAAGGACUAGGUCCGAGGUUAGAUUUAAAGUCAACUGUAAAGAAAGUUAGGAUCAAGUUUAGGUUUAAGGUGGGGGUCUAGUGUUAACUGCAGAGCUAAGGUUUAGGGUAGGGUUAGGGUCGAGAUUAAGGCAACGAUUUUGUUUGACAUCGGAGUUAUUAGUGGGAUUAGGACACGAGAAUAUUUUGUCCUUUUCGGAAUCAUGUCCAGGCCCACUUUUAUUACGUGGGCGGGGCCUGCGUACUCCCACGUCCUGUCUAGGAGGACAGUCGGACUUGGAUCCUUACAUCUCCCUAAUGAUUGCCCUGGGUGUUAGGCUACCGCCUCAUACUCCUUGGUCCUAAGUUAACUUGCGUUAGUCGACUGUGGGCGGUUAACUGCAGCCCACGUUGGCCGUGUAUCACACAGCCUUACACUCGCAAGCCCCACUUAACGCCUAGGUGACUCAUAGUCAGCAGUAUAAAUUUGCUGGAGUGACGGAUGGUGAAGAGAGAUAAAACUUGGUCAGGAACGACUUCAGCCACCCUCUAAUCCUAUUGUUGAAAAGGAGUGACUGUGCUUCUUGCACAAAACUCUAUGACAAUUCACUCUUAGCUGAAUUUUUCAAUCCUUCGGCGCCUCGAGUCCAAAUAUUUGUUAUUAAGUUUUCUUGACAACUUUGCUGCUUGAAGACCGAGUAUAGAACGACCCUGUGGAGGUUGCCGUUUAUAAACAUCCUUCCAUGGCUUCCCAGUCGUCCUCAUCCUUUAUUUUGUUGUUGUUGGUCAGAAUCCUGGUAGUGUCUGCUAUGGAGCAGGGGGUGCGGAGUGGAGCGCCCAGAUGCGGGUCUGGCCGCGCCAUCCAACUGCUCCCUCCCCCGCCUCCCGGUCUUCUUGACCCUGUCUUGACACCGGGUCGAGGUGGGGUGGAGGAGAGUGUGGUAGAUGCUGCGCAAGUCUACUCUCACUACAAACAAAUUCACACUCAAGUCCCCAUCCCUGCUUCAGCUUGCUGUUGAGCACACGGUGGACAUCUUCGGGCAUGACGGCAGAACUAUCAGACAGCGUUCCCCGUCACCAGCGCAACUCGAUGGGGAACUCAGCUUUCAACCCCAUUUUUUCAGUUCUUUUAUGCGGUAUUUUGCCAGUGUCUUGGGACCGUCAAUAUCGUUUUCCCCUCGAAAUUGAUGGAGAUAUGCUGUUCUCAGACACUCUUAAGUGCGCUUCUGGUGUCUAUGGUGUCUUUCAGCCUUCUGCACCUAAUCAUCGUCCGUCGCUACCGGACAGCUACAGUGGGGAAGGGAGUCUCGUUCAUGCCGUUUGAGGAAUUCGCAUUUGUUUUGAAUGGAAAAGAUGGAAUCAAAUAGUUAAUCAGUGAUUGCACAAAAGCGCAUUUCCUGUCAUUUUGAUCCCUUUUUGUCUUUGGAGCAGAGUGAGACCUGUGAGUGGGCCUGUGAAUGUCGGAAUUGUCCGGCGCAGCUGUGUUUGAAGUGCUUUGUUCGCGUGGUUGCGAGGAAACGCUGCCUAUGCUAGAAGACUGUAGAGCGUGGUGUAGGUGGGUUGGAGGUGGUAUGCGGGUCCGUCAGUGUGGUGGUGGUGGUGGCGGCGGCGGCGGCGGUGGUGGUGGUUGUGGUGGUGGUGUUGUGGUUGCGGCCUUUGUUCACUUUGACAGGGGAAUUUUUCAAUGUGCACAGUGCCUUUGCUGGGGUAGUUCAAACGUUCACCAUCUACACAGACUUGCAGCCUCUUCCUACGAUCAUUAUUUGUGAGAACCCCUCUACUUCCUACUACAGUAAGAUAGGCUGGUCACAUCAUCCCCCUUUUUAUUUUGGCGUAAGAAGAGCCAAUCUGUCGCGCAGUCUAUGCUCAUAUAUAUACUGAUCGUUCAGAGCACUGAUAUUGCCACUCUUGGUUUGCGGUUAUAUAUCUAUUCCCCCUUGUGUUCUACACAGCUGGCCGUCAAAAGCUCUGCGAGCAAUCCUCCCGAUGCCUCUGAAAGUGUCCAACGGUCUGCGGUAUUCAACACGGACAUCCCGGACGUCAGUGCGACAUCCUCUAGUCUUCCCUCCGAGGCCUCGGCACCACCCGACCAACCCUUCCGGUCUCUCCCUCGGACGCCGCGCCUUCCGAGAGGCGUCAUUUCAUCAGGCACGUUUCACUACCCGCCUCUUUGUUGCCUGUCAACUUAUUAUGCCCUUAUCCCGUCCGCUUAGCUUCAUCCAAACAUGCGUCGGGCUUUUCACGAUAAGCCGUUUACGGACUCAAACUCUGUCAGAGGUGUGGACUCUGUCUAUUUGUAACCAACACUGCCACUUGCUUGUUUUCUCUCGCCGGCUUUCUGUUUUGGUCCCUCCCUGCCUCCACACGCCACUUUUGCCCCAGUUCCACAUCAAAGACGCUCUGUACGGCGCGUCAUCACCGUUUGAUAGCUUGCCAACCCAAAAUGCUGACUCUUAAUUUUCCACAUGAUACACUUAAGUAUAACGUGGGGUUCAGUCGACACCACUGACGUUUUUAGCCUUUUCAUGGGUCACUUGCCUAGGCAGCAGUCGAAAAGAGAAUUUUAGAAGCGUUUUUGCUCUUUUUUUAGCACGCUUAGCCUACAGACUCGUGUCUACGCCGUCCACCGAGGAUCUGCAGGUCAACCUGUCCGCACCCGACGUACUGGCCGUUUCUUCAUCUGUGGCUGUGCCUUUAACCAUCCAAGUCACCGUCUUCUGUCGGAGACCACUCGGCGAAAUCACCCUGGAUGGACUGUCCGUGCGGGUGAAUUUGAAACCUGCAGAAUCGCAGUCCGACCUGCCCAUCCGACUGCCUUCUGUCCUGCAACCGGACUCGCUGUAUCUCCUGCCCAGCCGUCUCUCUACCCCGCUCACUUUCACCGCGCAGAUUGCCGUGGAGUCAGAGGAUGCAUCGACUGUAUCGAAGGAGGGCUUUGUCUGUGACCUGCUUGUCACAGCGUCUGUUUAUCCCACUUCCGAACCAGAACGCUCUGUCUCCUUCACUUCAAAGCGCGUUCAGCUGCGCUGUGAAGGGACUCCAAAACUGGAUGGUGAGGGGAAAACUGAAGACGCGGUGGCAGUCCCCACUGCGUCUCCGGUUUCUACAGAAAACGAGGUACCGACGGCGACUCCGGGAGACGACUCAACCGCAGACAGUGGGACGCCACAUCACUCAGAUCUGUCUCCACCAGACGUGCCUUCUGCUUCACCCGUACCUGACACUGAGAUUGAAGCUGAUGGCUCUUCGGCAGCGCGGAUAGAAGAGCCGCCAACUGAAGAAGCAGCGGCAAAGGCAGACGAUAAGAGCAAAAAGCUCUUGGCCUCACCACAACCGCCGCCACCACUGGAAGGGCAGUCGGAUACUUCUGCAUCGCUUUUUGCCACUACGAAAUGCCUAUUUUGGCCUGCUGCAUCAUACGACUCUAGCAGGUAAGACAUUUUCCUCGGUUACAUUCCACUUCGCACCAUUCAAAUGUCUUCCAUUACCUUUUUAACCAUUUAUAAUGAUUGCGUCCUGUUGGUGCCGUGGUAUAUGCCGUUUCGCACCUGCCCCUUUUAAUUUCUUUUUGAAGAUACUCUUUUGAUCGUCCUGGUUUUGUCUGUAAGGGGAGACUAGGUGAUCACACUGUUAGGUAUCUCGGAUGCAUUACUCGACCCUGCUGCCGCCUAGAUCAUGUCAAAGUCCUUUGUCCAAUACUUCGGCUCAGAACACUUUUACACCAACGCUCUCACAUUUGCGGCGCCCUUAGCACCCUUAUCUACCCCCUUCCCCCCGUACAAUGAAUUUUCCCUUCUGCCAUUCUGCGAAACGUCUAGAUGUAAAUGGGACGGCAUCUGAAACCUGAGCCAGCUACAGUGCUGAUCUUGUGCGCGUUGAAAACCAGUUAUAUCUAAGAGGUCUCCAUAGAAAAGGACAAACGUGAACUGGUGGAAAGUCAUCAGAAAUUGAUAAACACUCGGGACGGUUUAUCUUAUUAGAUCAGUAUGAUUGCCAUCUGGGCCGAAGGAAUCGUCCUCAACCCUGUCACAUUUUUUCUCUCGAACAAUUAAUCCUAUACCCUCUUGUAACGGUCCCGGGUCUUUAUCCUGAAAUGUAGCAUGUCGAAUAAUUCAAAUCUAAUCUGGAGUCGUUACAUUGUCGCAAAGAACCGUUACUAGUUGUCCGUUACUUCUUCCACAACACCCAUCAGAAAUUAAAUGAGUUUUAUAGAAAAAAAUGCUUGCAUAAUAGCGAAAGUGAGAGACUUAAACGGACGUGCGUGUCGUUUGGCGUUUCAGGUGGUGAGUUCGACUACCAAUAUUGAGAUAAGGGAGUGUCCUGUACACAGCUAGCUGGCUUGUUAGGAACCCAUUCGACGAUUGCAUACACGGCCACCUAAGUCUACCUGACUGCCGUCCACUAGUUAAAGAUUACUCAGUGACAUGGCCGUUUUUUCCAUUGCUUAGUCAUAGGCUGCAUGCAUGUAUCUGCUGCAACAAGCCCUGUAGCAAAGGGAAUCCGAGUGGCGAAGGAAUUUAAGAACCCGCCUCCUCGGUGGGCCAGACUCAUCGAUGUCGUUUGCCUUCUUUAUAAAUUCAAAUCCUCAUUGUGCGCUUAGCCAAAGCCUGAUUAGAGGCGUCUGGGUAUUACCCUUCUAACCAGACUGUGCUACUACUAGACUUCUCUUCUGCCUUAACCCAAGUGUUUUUCCCCUUUCUCACACAGUAAGCAAAAGAGUAGACUGCAGUUAUUGUAUAGUCCAUUUCGUGAUGACGCUAUUCCUCCCAUGCACGACUCUCCUACUUGUCUCCUCACAUUCCUUUACCGUCUAUGUUUCAUUUUCAGGAGUCAAUUUUUAAUUCUUAAACACAAAUUUCCUGAUGUCGUUAGAAUUCGACUGGAGAUCACCUCAGGAUCCGAAGUCUUCACGGUACGUCCCGGCCCACCGUGGUAAUGCCCCUUUUUUAAUGCGUAAAGGUUCGGCUGUCUUUUCGUGAUGCCCUCCCUCCACUUCUUCGGCGUCUUCGUUUUCGCGUGCCCCAAGUCGUUUGGAUGUGUCUCCUUUGUUACCAACCAGAUAAAAAGCAGAGCUGCAUGCAUAAAACCAGUUGUAUCAACGUUUGCAUGUUAACCUUCAAAUUCAUUCGUUUACAUCGAUUGUAAGUCUAGCCAGGAUAUUUUCCACAUUGGCUCUAAGUGUUAUGACCCGCCUGGUUCGUGAAAUCCCGUGGAGCGUAUACACACUCGACCCUGUUCCCUAAUACCAAGGCAGCAGACAAAGACCGCACGGCUGGCCACGGAAAGUGUAUUAGGAAAACACUGCAAGUCACGACUAGCUAAAGUUUAUGCAUAUUUAUAACACGCUAUUGUAGUUCGCCGGCAUUCGGUCCAAUGACCUUCGGGAAGAGGGGAGUAGCCAAUGGGAAGGCGCCUGAUUGAGAUGACAGCGCUGUAGAGAGAGCAAACGCACGUGAUCUGCAGUGAUUGGUUGGCUCUUGUUUUUUGGGAGUGUAGGCUUUCCCAACACUAAGACACUUGACAGCCCAUUCAGUGGGUGGGGGGGGGGGUGGACGUCCAUCGUCUCGCUCUUGCGCGGCGUACCAGCCAUCUGGUACACACGUAUGAACAGUAAUGUCGUGUGUGUGGCACGCGCAGACGGUCUAUUUGACUUUGUCCGCGCCCGCCUCCGGUCGUCAUGACAUUGUCAUGCAUUCGAGGCAAGGUACACGAGGGGAGAUAGAGUGUGUUAGGUGCUGUGCAAGUCCACUUCACCACAAACUAACCCACACAAAAGUCCAGUCAAGUUAACUAACCUACCUUGCCUGUUUGUCUGCUUACUUCUUAACUCCUGUCGUCGUCGUCGUUUAUCUCUGCACAUUCAUCCACAUGGGAAAUGACCAUAUGAUCUGUGGCUUGCAGCAUAUGAUGCAGUUUCAGGAUGAUAACCAUUGCGCAGUGGGAGGGCAGAAAGGGGGAGAGAGAGAGAGGGGGCAAAGCCAAUCUUGUGGUCCUUGUGGUAAUUCGGCGCACCCCUCACUAUACUACACGUUAAGCAAUUGAAACUUCUAGGCCAUGCUGUAAAUUGCGACUUGAAAGGUUGCAACUCGGAGACUAUGGGAGAGAAAAAAGGGGGUAAAGUCGAUCCAGCUGGGAUCCGGCUCUUAUUUUCCCCACCGUAGAAAGUCGAACACAUUUGUCAACUAUCAUGAUGCCUGGAAAGCUGCCAACCGAUGGGAUGACUGAGUCCCUCUAGAUUAAAUAGAAGACUGCCAUGGCUUCUUCUCCAUGUGGUUUUUAUGGCGUCCUUGCUUAGGUGAAACCGGAAACCUUAACUUGUAAGCCUAGUUCAUGCAGAAUUUAGGAAUCCGGUCGCGUCUGGCAUGCCUAGAUAGGUGAUAUGCUUUUUCUCAUUUACAAUGUUCGCAUUCCUAUCCGCCCAUCUUGACCUUAUCUGGCCGUUAGAGAGGAUGGCGGGUGUGGGCAGUAGAGGGUAACAUGGGUGCUACAUAGGUGUCUCUUACUGUGGACUAAGUCAUUUAAACCAACACUGUUCCCUCUCCGCAACAGUGGUGGUCUUAGUCGUUCGCGAUGGACGAACUGUUAUUAUAAGGUCGAUUAUCACAAAUGUGCACAAGCGCCCAUGGUCCGUGCUUCUUUCCAUCUAUGGGCGAUCUGGUAGUACGGAGUUGGGGAAGAUCGACUGCAUGCAUUGGACUGACAUGUAGAACGUUUGCGAAGAUAGCUGAAAUCUGUCACCCAAGACACUGAAUCCUCAGCGACUGAUUAAGUAGCGGACUAAGUAAGACGUGAUUACAUAGUCCGUGCCAAUCCCCCCCUUCCUCUCUGUCCCGACACGAAGACAGGCCUUCGAACGCCUCUUGCGGAAUCACACUGUCUUUUACUCGGCAGCCCACGUCUUUGGAGCUAAGGAUGCUCAUAGGAGAGAGGACAAGGUCUAUGUGUUAGCCCAGGCACUCUGCGCGUCCACAGUUGGUGUCUAGUAGAACGGUCUUUAGUGAAUGACUGCGACAAGUCUGGUGGCCUCCCAGGUCAGCCUGGCAAGCAGUCACACUCCACAUCACAUGUUUUGCACCAAUCUGGAAAACCAGUGUGAACCCGGACAGAGAUACGGAAAAGAGCCUUACUAGACGAGUCCUUAACCAGGGCAUCUGAGACAAUGAUAUUUUACUACGUAAUCAGCUGGUCUCCCCGAUCGGCGAUUGUUUGUGAACCGAAGCCACAGUAUUCGCUGAAGACGCUCGUUACAUAAUACCUUGAUCUCCCUAAAGUUCUCAGUGUGCACAGGCCACGUUCCCCAACCAGAAUGGCAUUGAUCGUAGCCUCCGUAUCUAUACAGUGUUUGUAUUCCGUCAGACCUCAGGUGAAAUCCAGCUGCUUGCGGGGCUGAUAAAACAUGCAUCGCGAAAAUUGUAUUCGUAGGUUUACACCUCCCAAAUAUCAGCCUGUUGGUAAAACAGCCGAUCACCUCAUCGUCUAGAUGGAUGCAUGACAGUUCUUGCUGUGCGUCAUCGAUCAGUAAUUUUAUUUUUCACGGACAUCAGUCACAGGCCAAAUUUUCUGAAACUGACGCCUUUGCGGUCAAAGGAGGUUGCGUUUUCGCGGUGGAAUUCUCAAGCAGGACAAUGCCGGCCCAGGCAAGUUACUAGACGAAGCCUCAAAUAGGACCAUGGUGCUGUGAACAGGGCCGGGUCUAUCACAGGGUUUCCACACAGCCUUCCAAACGCUGAAUGGAGGGCGAAGGCUCCUUGUAGUUAUCUUGACCUAGAAUGAAUUCAGUAGCCCACUGAUUAGAUGAUGACGUGAAUAGUUAGUGAAAGUCUUGUUCUUUUUUCGAGGACUGCUCAUCUGGUUGUACCAGCCGUCUGGUACAUUUCCUGGCAAUCAUGUGUGUGGUCCGCGUAGACGGGCCGUUUGGAUUUGUCAGCCACUGCACCCGUGCCCACGUUCGGUCGUCGUUACACUGUCUUGGCAUCGAAGCAAGAGAGAUGAUAGAGUGCGGUAGAUGUCGCGCAAGUCCUCUUCACCACAAAAUAAUUCUCCAGCAAAUCAACGGUGUUGCGCCCAUUCCGUGGGCACGCGAUGAAUUUCGUCGUUUCCGAUGGUCGAACUGUCACUAAUUACCCUUCGCUAACUACCUCUAUCUCCGUUGUUGGAUUCAUACCUCGGUCUACAUUACGCAUUUUGCAUUACGAGGUUUUGAAAAUUUCCUUGUUGAUGUUAAUGGGCAUUUGAACAAUUCCUCACUGCUUGCAGCCUUCAAUGCUUGUUCCUUCCACAGCUCCUAAACGACCGAGGUCUCCCGUCGAAGGGCGGACGCAUAAUAGAACUUCCAGCGGAACUACAGUGUACCAUCGGGGUGGUCUACUCUCCCCUGCCCGGUCAACAAUGGCACUUUGGUGAACUGCAACUGCGUGUCGACACUCCAAGCCGGGUCCACUCAAAAGUGAGCGACACCUCUUGUUUAACACUUCGUACCCACUUUCAUCUACUGCCACUUGUGGAAACAAGUGGUUUCGGAGAAUUCUGAUUUUACCGUAACUUUGAAAAAGAGACACGCCAAUCUGGUUCAUUUCUUAGAUAAAAUUGGUCCUGUCUUCUUGUCUUAGCAAGUCUAUUUCUGAUAAUGUAUCUCUGAUUGUACUGUCAACUGGCAUGUGGUUUCUUGUCCAUAACUCCUACCAUCAGAGGAUUGAUGUGCUCUGAUCCACCUUCGGAAACUGCCUGGGAGGGCAGGACAGAAUAGACUGGGAACAGCUGUCUUUGCCAAUCCGACCCCACCAAUAGGCUUAGUUGAUAAAUAGCUAAUUCCGCCUCAGGAAGUACCGGUCGGUGCCUUACAUUAUAGUCUAUCGCACUGCCUCCUAUUCCCGGACACUCACGAGACAUUAUCCGGUAUUUCGCUUAAAGGAAAGCCCAUUGCGCUGACAACGAAGGAAGUCUACCAAACUGUAAUCCUUGCUGGAUUAGGUUAGGCGGAAUUCAGAAUCUGGCGCAAUUAUACGGUCGGCACUUUUAGAAGUUUUCUACCUGAUGAACUUGUCUAUUAGAUUUGAUGAUUUUUGCCUCGUUGCGAUUCCUCAUCGUCGGUAUUUUGGUGGCACUACCUUAAUUGUGUCUUGUGAACCAAGGGGGGGGGUCCGCCAAAUGUUUCUCCCAGUUUUUUUUCAUCAUGUGCAGAAAAAUAGCCCAGAUUCGACCCCAGAAACACACAGGUAACCCUCUUCCCUGUCCUGAUAACUUUUAUUUGGUUGAAUGGAAAGGCUUAGUGUUCUUAUGUGCACGUUUAUUCGUCCCCAAGGUGCGUCUCAUUGGCUAUGCGGAGUCCAGUAAAAUCGAUAUAUACUGCUGCAAGCGGGUAGACGAAAGCACCUUCUGGUCAGUGGCCUUUCCCUGCCAUCCACCGCGAAUGGAUCUCCCCUCCCAGGGAGACCGCAGAUCGCCCAAUGCAGUCAUCACAACGGAGCCAGCCUGGGUCACGCGAAUCGUUGUGAGUAACUGGGGCCAGCGUACCGCCUGGGUUAUGGUACGCUACUCCCCGUGGGAGGAGGCAGCCACAGCUACCGCCGACCCUGCCGCGACAGGCGUUACACCUGAAUUGCCGGCGUCUCGUCUCAGCGUCAAGCCUGACCGCUUUUUCCUGGCCCCCAACCAAAUUGUUGUAAGUGAAACUUCCGUUUGUCCUGGUGCUGAUUUUUUUCUUUAGCCUUCCCCGUAGUCAUCUUUCACCGAAGUUUCUCUAUGCUCUGUUCAGUUACGUCUCUAAUUUAAUAACCGUAUCGCUGGUAGUGUCCACUUUGCCCGCUCUGAUUGGUAGCUGUUCUUGCAAACCGUGCCGACCACCGUGACUUCGGAAAACGGGGGGGGGGGGGGCUCACACCUGAAUUGGGUUUUGGUGAGAGAGCUGUGUAGUAUGGACCUCACCAUUUUCCUACCUCUCGUGUUCCAAGUGAGUGGACCUGGAUACCUGUACCUUUUACAGCUUUGACCACGCUUGAUGUAUUCCACCUCGAUAAUGUCGCGGAUGUACAUCUGCACGCGUUACGAUCAGCAGCAGUGGGUCGGGCGAACUCGACCAAUUCUUUCAUCCAGCAAAUGAGACCGAUUACCGAAGGUCGAUGUUGAACCACGUCUAUGUUUCGACAAACUGUGUUGAACUAGGUUCUGAUUCGACCACAUUUUCGACGUCUGGCACUAACGGCGGAUCGAGCACAGCAACACCGAGAUCAUGAGGCAGACGGCGAAGAACGUGUCUGAACCAUUUUAAUUGUCUUUCUUGGAUGUCCUGAGACAUCCUCGCGAGGUUUUUGCAACGAGCGCCAACUGCCUCGUUUGAGACGAAGUCAGUGUAUUUCAUUUUGAACUGACCUUUGCCACAUGUGUUUAGGUGGCAGCGUUGAAUUUUGGGCAACGGCAUUAAACUCAUCCGGUGGGCGUUAAAUAGCGUAUUACAGCACUUUACACUGAAUUUACGUUGCUUAUUGUUUCCUCUGACCCCCCUCCCUACAACAAACUAUACGGGAGUUGCGCUGGACCAACACGGGGAUCAGAUUGGGCUAUCGCACGCAUAACAAAUGCCACACAUGGGGGUGUGGCGGUACGCCUGGGGACAGGCCCGCGCCGCACCAAGUGCCUGCGUCCAAUCCCCACAUCAGAUAACUGUCCAUUCCGCGCAGUGGACUGAAAGAGGUAAGAGGAUCAGGUCGACUCUGGGGACUGCGCCCCUGCGGCACUCAGCGCAUGUCUGAUGCCCUUUUAAACCCACGGUACGCUAAAAAAACCGUGGCUUGGGAGACUGCCAACUAACGAGAUCAGUCGAUCCUCUUCUCUGCUCGGGUAGUCAGGCUGCAAUGGUUUCUUAUUGACGUGAUUUCCAUGGCACUUCUAAUCAGAUGGGAUUCAAGCCUCCCCCUCUUCUUGUUUCGGUGAAAACCAAGUCGAUUGUGAGCGAACGAGGUCAUGCCUGACACGCGUAUAGGGACCGUUCAUCUUUGCCAACCACUGCUCUGGAUCCCGCCCCCGGUCUUCCUGACUGGCAUGACACCGAGCUCUCAUGUGAGCUACGGAGGAGAGAGUUGGGUAGAUUCUGCGCGAAUUAGCAAUCGUUAUAAACUAAUUCACACGCUGCGAUCACGUCGGAGUCAGCAGUUUAUGGAGUCUAUAUAGUAAGUGUACUCCGAACGCCACAAUAAGCACAGUCCAGAGCAGUUUUGAAGGGGAGGAGGAAAGACGCCGGUAGAAGUCGUACAUUCUGUACAGAAACUCAAUAAUGAUUCUAGCCACCGACACGCGACCGGCUCUAAGCCUGUGGGCGCAUCCUCUAGGCUAAUGUGAGCAGGAAUGAAUGAGUAUCAGGCGAGAGCCCGUCAGUGUCAGCUUGUGGAGUUGGUUGAGUGAUGGCGGAUCUGGGUGCGUGUGAUUGGCUGCCAUGGAGGCUCCAUAUAAGUGUGUUCCGACCGCUUGGGAGCCAUGAUCCCUAGCGCGGAGUAGUUGGCAGGUUUCAGAUUAUCCGACCCGGUUGUUGUUCAAGUCUUUGUUUUUCUGUGGACAGCACUUAAUAGAGCUACAUGUGUUAGCCAUCUACUUUUCAUGCUGAACGCAUUCAACCAUUAACCAAGUGUGUGCGAGGACACUGAUCAGGGCCUCGCUUCUUGUGUAAAGGACAACGACGUGUGUAGUGCUAGCAACGCAUUUUAUAGUCUUCUCGCCAAGAGGCUGCACACCCGCUCAAACUCUUCGGAAAACUUUUCAACAUGUUUUUCAGUUCGGUGUCGUGUUAGAGGGAAAGUCCCUACUCUCUUCUAAAGCAGCAGCAUAAGCAAAGGCAUGGGAAAACUACGCAAUUAAUUGUCUAACAAUGAAAACCUGAAAGGCCUGAUGCUGAAUGUGUUUGUAUGCAUUUAGGGUGAUGUGUUAAAGUAAUAAGUGACAGUUAUUUUCGGUUAAUACUACGGAAUUAGGAAACCGACGUCGUGGAGGACUGCGCUUUUAGGCCUCCGUCUUUCUGUUAGACGAAAAUUGAACGACUAUUGACGAAUAUUGAACGGCUCGAUUUAGAAAUAGGGAUAUUGAACCCAGUAAAUCUCGCGUACCGUUGCCAUUGGAGAUGUUGACUCAACAGGACGGUGCAACCACCGCAAACGGCAACGUCCCCGCGCGGUGAACCCGGCAGCAGUAAUCUGCGCGUGGAGAAGUGAGACAGAAUUGCACGACAUCUACACCACACUCUUCCCCCCCCCCCCAUUUGUAUUCGGUGGCACGACAAUGCCAGGACGGCCGGAGGUGGGUUCGGGCACAGCGACUGACAGAAAUAAGCGACCCGUCUACGCGCACCACACACACGACUUGGCCCGCGCCGCAUGUGCUAGGCUACGGUAGGGCGUCCUGGACCUCACGUGCCUGAGAUCAACAUUAAGGCCACAUUGAGAAGGAGCCAUUGCAGCCUGACUGACAGGAUCGGGUUAUUCCGUUUGUUGCCAACCUUCUAAACCACGAUUUUUAACGCGUGGUUGUAGGUUCUGUGAGCGUUGUGCUUACUAUUGCGAGGGCUAAGCCGAUGGGCGGAUCUACCAUCGUCAACCUCGCUCGUCCCCCUCGCACUUGUCUGCCCGAGCCCGUCAGCCAGGUUGUGAUGAGAUUUGGCGCAUUGACCGACGCUACUUGUGGGCCUACGUCGGAGGCGCGCCACCACAUGCACGUACAGCAAUGGUCGUGUGUUGAUACAAACUUCGCGCAGCCUGAUUGACGCGCAUCGUGAGCCAACCUGCCUCCGCCUUCAGCACUUACAGCGCAAUCUGUUUUAGGGGCCGACUCGUCAGGAGCAACAAAAUCACAGAUGAAGUAACUUGAAAGUUUGACGAUGCACUUGAGUCGAGCGAUAUCCGUUUGGGCACGAUUCUACUCACUUUUUGGGAGCAUACAGGCACGGAAAUAAUGUGCACAACAUUCGAGCAGUUCGACAACUUCCUUAGUAUUUCAACGCAAAGCGUGCUAAACUCAACGCUAAGUUCUGUCUGCGCCAAACAGACAGUGUUUUGCAGUUUAAAAGUGGACAUUUUGAUAAUCUCUUCGAAUGCUAGCCAGAGCCAAGCUUGACUUAGAUCAAUCACUCCAUUUUUUCAGACAAAGUCUGUUUUGCCUAAGGUCCAGAUAGAUCGGUCGAUGCUUCAUGACACAAGUGACUCCUGCUGUCCACAACUACCAACUUCUCUCUCCCAGGCCAGCACCUCCAUCUGCCGGGUUGUUUAAUACACCUAAUGGUGGGCCUGCCUGUCGAAUUUUCACUACCUUACUUGAUAAACUUCUUGAAAAAUCGUUCUGCCCUUCCUGCUUGUGUAAAAAAUCUGUUUACUAUUACAGAAUGUCCACAUUACAAUCUCUGGUAAACCAAUCGUCGCUCGCGUACUCUUCUACCACGGAGACGAGGUAAUUCGACAACAGUUCUGCCAAAGGUGAAUGUCCGAUUUGUUUUUUUCUUCAACAAGACUUUCUUCUAUUUCUCUACUUUCGCAUAAAGUUAGGUUCUGUAAUAAAUAUAGUUCCUUUAGAGAUGUGAAGACAGUGCCGCCAUGCCGCCGGAAAGGACGUGGUCGCGGCUAUUGCGUUCACAUUUAACCGCUAGGUAUCAUUUCUACCAUGCCUAUUAAAUUUUACAUAUUAAUGUUAAUAUAAGGUACCAAAUAUUACUGCAUUUCAUAGUACGUCCGCACAUUUUUUCCAACGUCUCGGUUCUUAGCACAUUGUUAGUCUUACUUGACGUGAGGGCCCUGGCAGUACUUCUCCUCAUUAUACGUGACUUGACGCAACGUGGAAAUUCGAAUAAUAUGCAAAAUGGGACGGACGUAGGCUUCGCUGCCUCGUGGCUGACAGGGACCUUCAGUGCGCCCAACAUUUUCCAUUUUUUGUUGGCGUGGCCGCCAGCUUUUCUGUCUGUUAGGAAACCAGCUCCGCACGUGACGGUAGUUGGAGUGGACGUUGCUCUUGGUCGGUAGUAGUGAAAAUGCGAUUCCCAGGUGGUAAAUCAAAAGAGAGUGAGUCAUCCACCUCUCCCGGUGAACGCCUCAUUCUCUGUUGCUCUUAAUGUUGAUUGGCUGACCACUCCCCUCUCAAAAGCACUUGCCCCGCCAAGGUCAACUUGAGCCCGCAAACCAUAGCCGCCUGCUCGCUGAAUACCCCAUCAAACUGAAAGUAGAUGGAAAACGGCUGUGUGAUGCCGCCUACUAGAGGGAUGUCAACCUGUACUUGUCAGGUGUAGAGGCUGGUAUCUUCAUCCCCUUCUCCGGCAUACCAGUUCAAGGAAGGUACCGGACGUGCGAACGUGCCGGGUAAUCCGCAACUAGGUUAACACCCAGACCCCAUUCUCCCUGAUGUUAUCUUCUCGGACCGUUGGGGUCAUUAAUCGUUGCAUCCAUUCGGCUGUAUACAUUAGGCGUUGGAAAUUUUUAAGGCAUUCUGAAAUGUGGUGCAGAGUCGUAAAGAGUGAUUAUACAAGGCUGCAAUACUUAUGUGCACCAGACAUCUCAGUUUUAUUCACACAGUGUCAUAGCGACUUCGUCCAUGACCCUCCCAACCACGUGGGUCACUGCUUAAAUAAAGUAUAUUUUUUACGGAUCUUGGAUAGAUCAUAUAAAAGUAGUUGGCUUCGGCAUUGUUGUAUGAACCGUCCCGUGCAAUGCACGGCCAACGGUAUCCCACGCAUGUCCUUAUAUAUUUUUCCAGGAGGUAGCCGGCAUAAAUUAUGCAUAGUAGACUUCGAAGUUACCUGGAUUACUCUCUUUUUAUCGUCUUUGCGUCAAUCUGUUCCCGAUCAUGCGUUAUGAAAACAGUCCGAACCAGCAGCUGCAGUUAGGCAUGUUUGGCCUCGGCCCUGCAGAGGUGAACGCGUUAAGUCGCUGCUCUCCUUACACUGGGCCAAAAAUCAAUUGAGCAAGUUUCCUGAACCGCGCUGAAGGCGCGCUGGUCUCUCAGACUAAUUGCCGUACACAGUAGCCUGGAGAAUCGCCCUUUACCAUCAACUUUGAGCCCUGAGCGCGGUGUCAUAACCACUCGUCGUGGUUCAGGUUGCGACGGAUAGGAGCCUAGUUGAGUCGUUGGACACCCUGUCCAACUGUUCUUGAUCUUGAUUAGGUGGAAGCCCAGGCUCAUCACAGUGAGUGACCGAUCUAAUGAAAUGUUGGCUGAAAUUUUGAAAAGCGUUUCCAAUUAAGAGGGUUUACUUAGGCGCGGUUGUAAUACUGAUUAUCUUGCGGCAUAAUUCUAUGAUAUUUCAGACUCGGCAGGAUGUCAGCUUUUAAAUACACUGUCUUUCAAACCCCUGUAGAAACCGUAUUCGGUAAAAAAAUGACCACUUAAGUAGCAUGCCUUUUUCCCAUUCAUUUUCGAUCGUCUUGCAAAUUCAAAUAUAUUUUCUAGGAACCACUAACAAAAUUUGCUCUCUUUCAGUCCUUUGAUAGAGAAUCACGUCAUCUUUAUAUUUUAUACUCGAAGAAGGAGUAUAAUUAGGUUUUGAAAAAUUUUCUAAUUGCCGAAUAAUUUGGAGCCUGAUCAGUCGUUGCAUUAGCGCUUAGUGAUUUCAGUUCAUAAGGGCAUGCGUUCCGAGUAAAAGAAAUCACAUAUUCUCCAAUGCCUUUAGAAACAUACCAUAUGGAGUCUGUAAAAUUCUGCAAUGAAUGCGGAUUAUGUUGUACAUUUCACGAGGAGCAGUGCUAAACGGACAGGUACGAUGCUAUAUGAAUGGGCAUUACGCGGUCAUAAAAAUCUCAUAAUUGGAAACUUUUUAAAAACAUAAUUAUACUCCUUCUUCGAGUAUAAACUAUAAAGAUGACGUGAUUCUCUAUCAAACGACUGAAAGAAAGCAUAGCGCUGUACAUCUUCUCCCCCACCCAAUGGCCCAUAGGAGGGCUUCAGUUGUUGUUUCGCCGGACUCGGCGUCUUCCGUACUUCACCGCCCGUGCUGGUUUCAGUAGCUAAGCUCACUUUGACGUUUAAGUUCUAUCUUAUCAGAGUGAAGCCUGCACUGUCAGAAAAGUAUGGUGAUUGCAGUGUUUCGGCUUCAUCAUACUAUGAGUCAAAUUUCCUGAAGCAUUGUUAGAUUGCUCUUUACCGCCGUGUUUCUGCGAAAGGCGCACGCAUUCGUGUGUUCCAGGUGUGCCUGACUGUUGACGCCCGUAUGUGGUUCUGGUGUCGUGCUAGGCGGACGAGAAGCCGCAAACGACACUGCCAUGCUCGUCUUAUUGUUAGCUGACUCGAUAAGGAGUUGUUUUCAUUGAGAUUAAUAGGGUGUAUCCUUCACUCUUCACCUUGCGUGCACAAGGCAUUCUUGAAAAAGUUGUUACAGUCACGAUUUCCGUACAAAACUGGAAUUUGCAAAGCCUGAGGGAGACCUGUAGGGGAAUAACAACAAUUUUUUUGUUUAUUUACAUUCCGAAAUGUUCUGCAGAGUCGUAAAGAGUGAUUAUACGAAGCUGCAAUACUUAUGUCCACCAAGCAUCUCAAUUUAAUCCACACAUCGUCAUAGUGACUCCACCUAUGACCUUCCCAACUACGUGGGUCACUGCUUAAAUAAAGUAUAUUUUUUGUACGGAUCUUGGAUAUAUCCGCGCAUAUGCUUAUAUAUUCUUCCGGGAGGUAGCCGGCAUAAAUUAUGCAUAGUAGACUUCGAAGUCACCUGGAUUACUCUCUUUUUAUCGUCUUUGCGUCAAUCUGUUCCCGAUCAUGCGUUAUGAAAACAGUCCGAACCAGCAGCUGCAGUUAGGCAUGUUUGGCCUCGGCCCUGCAGAGGUGAACGCGUUAAGUCGCUGCUCUCCUUACACUGGGCCAAAAAUCAAUUGAGCAAGUUUCCUGAACCGCGCUGAAGGCGCGCUGGUCUCUCAGACUAAUUGCCGUACACAGUAGCCUGGAGAAUCGCCCUUUACCAUCAACUUUGAGCCCUGAGCGCGGUGUCAUAACCACUCGUCGUGGUUCAGGUUGCGACGGAUAGGAGCCUAGUUGAGUCGUUGGACACCCUGUCCAACUGUUCUUGCUCCUGAUUAGGUGGAAGCCCAGGCUCAUUACAUCACCUCGGAAGUCUCCUCUCCCAACCAAUGGCCCAUAUGAGGCCUUCAGUCUCUGUUUCACGGGACUCGGCGUCUUCCGUAUUUCAUUGCCCGUGCUGGUUUCAGUAGCUAAGUUCUCUUUGACGUUACAGUUCUAUUUUAUCAGAGUGAUACCUGCGCUGUAAGAAAAGUGUGGUGAUUGCAGUGUUUCGACGUCAUUAUACUGUGACUCAGGUUUUCUGGAGCAAUCUUGGAUUGUCCUUUACCGCCGUGCUUCUCCACGUUUACUCUGCGAAAGGCGUACGCAUCCGUGUGUUCCAGGUGUGCCUAACUAUAUUCACAUGUGCCCGUGGUCCUUACUGUUGACGCCUGUGUGUGGUACUGGUGUCGUGCUAGGCGGAUGAGAAGCCGCAAACGACACUGCCAUGCUCGUCUGACUCGAUAAGGAGUUGUUUUCAUUGAGAUUGAUAGGGUGUAUCUUUCACUCUUCACCAUGCGUGCACAAGGCAUUCUUAAAAAAGUAGUUACAGUCACGAUUGCCGUACAAAACUGGAAUUUGCAAAGUCUGAGGGAGACCUGUGGGGAAUAACAACUUUCUUUGUUUUAUACUUUUCUCAGUUACCACAGUGACGCUGUGCGGAGACGAUCUUUUGACGCAAGUCGUGCGGACACCUCUUCCAGUCGCCUCCACACCUUUGACCUCCUUGAUAUCACACCAGCGGAGGACGAGAAGGAAAACUCCCUCCUUGCAGGUAAGUUGGUAUAAUAACACUAACAAUGAGAGUCACCUGCAUCCAACGUACCGGAAGCCAACUGCCUCCUACAUAGUCGCCUUCUAUUCCUCUUCGCCGAAGGCGCACCCCUGUGUGGGGUUUCCGCAAACAGCAGACUUUGGAGCCAGUGGUGCGCCACGUGAACGCUUUCGUCGGAUGCCACCUAGGCGAAUUUCACCUUUACAUCGACGCACCACGUACCUAAGGUUCCUCUAAGCGGACAAGUAAAAAGGGCCUAGUUGCAUUGCUGAACGAUUUAGUAAACACGAUUGUGUAGGAACGAACUUUGAGAGUAAAACCCUGGCACCACAGGUAGCGUACAUGUGGGCAACGCACGUACAUCAAAGGGUAGCCUUGUGAGAACUCGUGCAUGUUAUCCUUUUGGGCGUUUUCUCGCGGACUCUAGGGGGGUUUUGAUGAGGUCAGGCAAGAAAGUCAUGUGCGCCGGUUGAUGCGAUCAUCAAUGCAAUGUUAGUAAAAAUGCCAUUUCCAGUCGACAUGUCAAAAAAGCAUAGGAAACGUUCACCGGGAGGGGUUUAUUCGAGGUUUAACGUUUUGGAGCAAUGAUUUCGCCUUCCCAUCUUCAGGGGCUGAGGUGUCAUGCUGACAACUCGUCUUGAUGUGUAGGCCACCUAUGCCGAUUUUGGGACUGAACCGGACCCCCGUUUCACCGUGACCUGCGUCGCCCCGCCCCGCCCUCGUUGACCGCGGUGCUAAUUGGUGGCGCCGAUUGUUUCACGCCUCCUAUCAUGAGGGCUCGUGAAGUCAGGCUGGUGGGAGGCUGAUUAAUGUGGCGUUGACGACGAGACGAAACGCUUUAUGUAAUGAGAACUGUGUAUAGAACUCUUCAGUCUCAGAACAUGGGCAGGCAAAGUCACUACUCGAAACGCCAGACCCUGUCCCGGUGAACGCCUCUGUGUUCAUCAAUGUAUUUUUGCCUUCCGGAAGCUACCUUAACCCGAAACCCAAAUAAUGUUUUGGGCUACACCAGUGUGGCGUAUGGACGGGUCCAGAAGCAAAGAUUUAUGUGUAGAUUUUCAUAAAUCUGCCAGAAAGGCAAUUGGAGCUGAUCGGAAGUCAAAAGCACAUUGUGGGCCUCAUCAAGGCGAGGCCAUUAAAGAAGCUUUUAUCUGCCCAAGUCUGCAGAGACCUGGAAUUAGAACGCCACCACUAAACCCCGCAUACCAAGAUUCGCUGGCUAUCUUGCGGCAAAGCCUCUAGUCGGGUUUUGGAACUGAAAGAGGAUUUGAGCAUUUUUGGGACACAAGGGCCACCUCGUGGCCAUCUUCUGCAAUGAAAUGACUGGUAUACAAAGCCGAUAUAUUGUCCAAGUUUAAUGUGCUUAUUGACAGUAUUUGAUUCCUCGGUGGCAGCAUGCCUACGGGCAAUCUAACCGAACUCAGAAAAGCUCCUGGCAACAUAACGUCGUCAUAUACUCACUAAUGAGAGAUGCCAAAAUGAGAUGCUAACGAUUUGGUACUGGAGAAUCUUUUAACAUCUUUGUCGAGAGGGUCCCUUGGAACUACAGUCACUCAGGUGGGAAAUUGGGCGCGGGGGAGGACGUAGCCUACAUUCCUAGUGAUCGUGGCCUAACAACAGAGGCAUUGGAAUAUUCCAGGGGCUAUGCAGUCAGAAUCGAUAUGCACUUUUCUGUUUAUGCAAAUAAGAUUGUCGUGUGCAAGCAUUUUGAACUGAAAAAUACCGAAGAGAUUCAUCUUGGUGAUGAAGGAGUGUGAGUUUGUUUGCAGUUCGACGAAACUAGGCCUAUGCCUUUCCUGUAUUUGGAUAUUUUGCCAAAUAAACAUGUGGUUUCGUUGUUUUCAACUGUCUGUAAACCUGCCGGGCAUAUUAUGCAGUAGUUGUGUAGUGGGUUAGAUGCCGACAAUAAUCACGAGUACUACCUAGUGAAGGUUCAGGACUUACCUGCAUGCCUUCGUGGGUCGUGUGGAGCUGACAUCCCUUUUGUCGCCUCCAAUUAGAUGACGGCGUUGUCACUAAGGCAUCAUCACUGAAUUUGUGAAUCCGGCGCCAAAAUGUCUCAGCCCACUUUGAUCUGCCUUGUGUGAUUCAGUCCAUCACAACGGUAUUUUUGCAUCGAGUGCCCACUACCUCAUUCAAGCCGAAACCUGUGUUCUUCACUCAGGGAAUCGUUAUAGUCAGUAGUGGCCACGAACCUACCGUCUUGGAUUACGUUUCCUGCACAGUUUGAUCGUCGGUUUCGACUAUGUCCACCGUGUGCUCUACACCAGGAUGAGAGCAGGGACGGUGACUUACCCGUGAACUAGUUUAUAGUGGCAGCAGACCUGCUCUGCCCCUACCGCACCCUCUCCUCCCUCACUUGGACUGGAUGUCAUAACCAAGCCGAGAAGACCAUAAGUGGAAGAGGACGCAGGUGGCUGGCACGGUGAAAACACGCACAAAGGCGUACCACCAGACCCCUUGAUCCACAAGAAACAUUUGACCGGCAUUUUCAACAACAACAAAAUGGGAGCCGGCAGGGAUCGCGACUGGCACGGCGUGAACUUGCAACUGGGCCUGUCACCGCACUCCUAAUGUUGACAUUUGUUAUGGGCGCGCAUUACCGAUGAGGACUGCGGGAGUCCGAUCUAGCCCCCUCUGUUAGUACAGCGCAUCCACCGCGUGGCUCGUUUUAGGGGCACAUAGUCCAGCACUCCCUGCCAUAAAUAGGCGCGAACUGGACGGAACUCGGUACGCUCGGGUGCGAGGGGGCUUUUAUCCGAUGCGAUUUUGCCUGCCUUUUUCGAACUUGGCCUGCUGAGUAUUUGAUGUUGGCCUAAUGUGAUCAUCCUGUCUUUAACAACGUACCUUGGUCCCUGCUUAUCACUCGUUGGAAUCCUAUCUAGGCUCUAACUCAUGUGAGAAAUGUGCAGUUGACCCCUUGCCAAUGAAAACUGUAGCUGAAAACCCCAAUGACCUCCACUUUCUGAGUUUUUUUGCAUUUCGUUUGAUUAACACUCAGUUUUUAGCACAUGUUUUGUUCAAAUAAACCGUUGAAUAUGCUUCAGAUACAUAAGAUUAUGGUUAGAUUACGGUUUCUGUCUUUCGCUAUGGGCUCAUUGACAGCUGUGAGUAGAAUCGACGCGGGCGACACUCAUCCCUACACUUUCCGUUCGGCAGUAACUUGACGUCUAGGUAUUCGAGACGGGCACUUCUUAACACUGAUAUCCAUUAAGAACGGGAGUCUUUUCCUGGAGGGAAAACAUCAAAAAAGCUACGCUUUACAUAUGCAACUACUGAACCGAUAACUAAUCGCAGUGGAGUAGAAAGAUCUCGAAAACCGAAUAGAAAACACCAGCUUGCUAACCUAGUCGAAAAGCGAUUCGCCGAUUGGACCGCGAAGGGGACUGGACGACCGAGUAAAAUAACAAAGGAUGAAAUUUUAUUGGGAAAAAGUCUGGACUUCAGGAGGCUUACAUUGAAAAAGACACGCGGUAUUUGCGGAAUAAAAGACUUUACUGUGCUGACUGGAUGAGAUUACGCACUGACGACUUAUCACACUUCAGGCAUUUGCUUUGUAUUUGAGACAACUUCCCUUUAUCUUAAUUUGUCGCUGUAGCCGAGGUUUCGACUGCCCCCAUAUCAUCUGUUCGUCCCGAACUUUGGCGCCAGUGGCUUCACACGGAGCUCAAGGAGACGCCACCUCUGACACUUAUGGUCAGGUGUGUAGAGUCUCCGAAGCAGCCUACCAGCACCGAAGCCUCCAUGGUGUCCCAGCCCUCUCCGCAAGCGCGCCCCACCCCUUCGUCUUCCGCAGGUCACACAAACCCUGUGUCCACUCCAUCUACCAGUCGUCGGCAUUCUUUCCAAUGGUCGGGCCGAGGUCGAUUGACCGAGAUGUCGGUUAGUGGUGGUAGCUUGAACUAUGUGCUUCUUGCCCAUUCCUCUUCGUCUGCCGUGUCAUUUUUUCAUGCCAGGCGGUAGUCAGCUAGUGUUUACGUUUUUCAUACACCCUUUCUUCCGUUUUCUUUAUUGUUAUCAAUUUUUCCAUCCAGGCCUAUAUCACCCGUGAAUGUCGAGUAUCGACGGAGACGGGAGAUUGCCGCUUCAAUUUUAUUAGCCAUUUUCUGCCAGCCCUGACUGUGCGGAACCUGGGAUUCGUAAUAGGAUCCCUUAGUCACUAAAUGUUAAGUAAUCCAAUCCUCUACUAUUGAACCAUGGACUCGCCGUUAUGUCCUUUUCGAUCGGGAAUAUUAAUAAUCAUUAAGAGGCCGUCUACCGAUUCGGUUACGGGACAUGCUCAGUGAUCGAAUAAUGCGGGUUAUCCAAACCUGGCUUGAGUAUGAGUGGUUGGCGACGGCUAAUAGGCCACAAAUCACCAUCACAGUCUCGCGAGUUUUGCAUGCUCUAAGAUUCGAGUAAGUGUUCUAUGGUCAUUGAGUCCUAAAUAUACUCAUACUUGUAAACAUAUACUUACUCAUCUGAGCUUGCGUUUAUGUGUUUUGGGCGUCUUUGGAUUACUCGGGCGUUUGUGAUUCAACCCUGCAGUCCAUCAGACUUGCCGAUUUCCGCCUCUAUGUUAAAAAUUGAGUGACACUAGCCUAGGGGCCGGUUUAGGGCAAUACGGCGUAAUUUAUUUUAUCAUAUCUGUACGAUCCAGCCGUUUGGUCUGCUAAGAUUAGCAAAAAUCCUCCCUCUCAAAUGCAUUGUCACGAAAACACUUUCUCUACCGCCAGGAGGUUUCGCGGCUUUAUGCUGGGCCAUCAUAAUUCGUUGACGUACGGGAGCCUGUUGGCUCCUUUUCAGCCUCCUCAUUCUGCCGGCCACGCUUGUGACGGAAAUCUCGGAGACCUAAACUACUCCUGUUGAUAUUUCUGAAUCUCAUAGAUAUUUUGGCAGAUUUUGAAUAAUUCAUAUUGACCCAACUGUGAAAAACUCGGCGCCUAGGUGGGAUUCGAACCUACGCAGUAAGGUGAAGGCUUUAGCGCAGCCAACGCUCUAACCACUUGAGCUACGAGGCCCCGCCAGACGAGGCUAGUUUAAUCACAUUUAGGUCAAGUUACCCGCCCAACGUACUGCACCGUCUGGAAUCCACCAAAUCUGAUACAGUAAGUUGACUGCCCAGGCAGGAUUUCCUAGAUAAUUCACCUAGAAUCCACAAGAUGACUACCAGGCUCACCGAGGCGCCGACUUUUUCACAGUUGGGUCAAUAUGAAAAGGGUUGUCCCAGAAACUGAGUAUGAGAAAAAAAAUACUGCCAGCCAGAGAGUCGUCUUGAAGCAGCCAUAGGGGGUUAGCAUUGAUUCGUUUUUAGACCUCUGAGGCGUGCCAAAGAGCUUGUUCAAAUUAAGACUUGUGCAGAUUACUGGAUUUUCUUGGAGCUGAGUUAUGGAGGCUUUCCAAAUCCCUGACGGCCAGUUUCCUGCGUUACUUGCUCCGGUCUUUCUUACUUCCUUGAGAAAGUAAAUUUCUGGCCUAAGGAUGUCUUGAUGCCGCACUUCCUUAAGCAUUUACAGCCAAGAAAUUUCAGUCGCAUCGCAGACUGCUUUGGGAGAUCAAAGAGGAAAAUAAAGAUAUGACCGUGCAUCCUGCAUACCCCUUAAGAGCAAGUUCUGGAUGAUCGUUCGUCCUGAACCAUCAGUUGUUGUAUUCCUUAAUGCAACAGUAGUAUUUUCAAGCGAAAAUGAUCUAAAGGAGAAAGGUCAGGUCACUCCUCUCCAGCACUUUCCCUGUCUAUUGUUAAAAGGUUUGCAUCUGUUCGUUAUUUUUGUCUCCGACAGAUCUUAGACAACAGAUAGCAUCCGAGACAUUUUUACAAAUGAUCGGAGACCGAAACCACUGUUGAUAUUUUUGAAUCUACCAUUCUCUUUUUCCUUCUAGUCUGCCUCGGCCAACAGUCCAUCCAGAAGUGCAAGUCCCCCGCAUACCGCUGCUGGUCGGGGCCCUGCUCUACCACUGCAGCCAAUCGGGCGCACACAUGUACCCGUUUCCCUGCGAAUCAUUGGUUCCCCGGCCACAUUCACCCAGAGCGACUCGUCGGUCAAGGUAAGUCGAUUUACCUGGAAAUACAGGGUGUUGCUUGUUGUCUUUGAUGUUUACUUUCAACACUUCUGUGAUUACGUUUUAAGCCCUCCUUGUAACUGGGCAUGGGUUAGCGCGUGGUUUGGUAUAAAUGGGAAAUAAAGUAACUAUUUAUCAGUCAAAUUCCUUCUGGGACGUCAGCGACAAAGAGGAGGUACUUCCAUUCAGAGAUCCACAUAUUGAAAAGGUGUCUGGGAAGGACAGUGCAUGCACUUCCUCGGCUUUGUUCCGUUUUAGAGAAAGCGAAACUCAUUUUUGUGCCUUUUCAAUAUAGCCACUAGAAUCUGUUCCUCGGAUACGAUCGAUGACGAAAUCAGUUCCCUGAAAAGAGUUUUUUGGAAACAGGCAUCCAGAGAAAUUCAUCGGUAAGUAUCGCCAUUCCAGACAAGGAAGUCCUUCAGAAAUAUCGACGCCAAAAAACUCGGUCAGCAUCUACCCCCCUUUUCAAGGGUGACAAUAUGUUAAACGUGAUCAGAUGAUACACGACUGAACGAACGUACGCCUCCUCUAACUUGCUGUUCAUAAGCACUACAAUGUAUAUUCCAGUUAGACCAACUAGGGACAUUCAGACUAUUCAUGCACAUCAAACGAAAUCUAUGAAUUUACGUGUAGUUGCGGAUGAAAAUACAUUGGGCGCACGCGAAGGCAGUUGGCAAGUCGGUCAGCUGAGCAUAUGCCGAAAUGGCUGGUAAGAACGGGAAAUAAGAGGCCUAGGAGUUGGAUUACGAAGCACCUAGUGGAUACUGGCUAUACAGUGGACCCAACAGUCCGCUGUUUCAAGGAAGAAGAGGCGUUCACCGAGAGGGGUUUAUUAGAGGUCCGACGUUUCGAGUAGUUGAUUCGUCUACCCAUCUUCAGAGACUGGAAAGUCCUGCGCACAGCUCCCCCUAUAUGGCGCACCUUGUUCAAUGCGUGACCCGCGGUUUAUUUGACAUUUACGUUUCAUCCCUCUAGGCCGCUCUCUAAUUGAGCAGUUUGUCACGAUGACGGUCACGAAAUUUUUUGACGUCAGUAAAUUCUACAUGUUUCGUCGUCUUUGCCCUAUUCAAAUCUCGGGAAAACAGUGCAUCAAAAACAGGGGACUCCGAAGUGUCGCUAGCUAUCCAAAGCCCAGCCCCAGACUGUGUAAACCCUGGGAGGGGGGGGUCACUCAAACACUAGACAAACGCUUAACUGUGGGAUGGCGGCCUCACGGUCUCCCAGCUAAAUGUUAGUAAAAACCAUUAGCUUGCUCCACUUUUGCCCCAUCUGCUUUCCGGGGCACAUCAGGCAUGCCAGAAGGUGUCUAUCUUCGCAUUUUUCCUUUGCACUGCGCUGUCUUGUCUGUCUGUUCACUCUCUCUCUCUCUCUCUUCUUUGUGUCCUCACAGGUCUCCCUGCUGAAUUUAUCGCACACAAACCCCCUGAUUAUUCGUCUGGGUCAGCUAGUAUCGCCGUUCUUUCUGAUAAAGCCAUCAGCUCGGAAAUUCAAGUUAAAGUAUGUCCACUUUCACCUGCCUCUUGCUGCUCCGCUUUUUGUUUGACCAACAGCUUAUGCAGGAUUACCGUCAUCCAUCCUUCCAUGAGGGGAGGAGGCGUUUUAUUUCACCGAUUCGGUUUUGUGGGAGUUGGUUAAAGAGUAAUUGGUACUUAUUCCAUCCUCCCGUAGACCUAUUUGGUCAUGUGCACAUGAACUGCAACACCACCCAUCACUCAUUCGCCUCGUACUCACUCACACAUUGCCUAUGUAACAACCUCGUGGUGAAAAGUGCUAACAUUGUUAGCAACGGCAACCCAUGAAUGCCUACCAGUAGAAAGGAAUAGGCGAGUUGCAGGUAGCAGUUUAGAAGAAGAAGAAGAAGAAGAGGAGGAGGAAGAAGAAGAAGAAGAGGAAGAAGAAGAUGUGAUCUCUCAAACAAGGAGUCUAUUGGUCGGGCGCUUCGGACUCUCACUCGAACCCAUCAUCCGAGACAGUUGCUGAUAAGGCUGAUGGAGACCCAAGGAGCGCGCUGUUUAUUGGACGCAGUUAUUGUGCCACCAUAUGCUUACUAUAAUUAACAGUUUCAGCGCUCAUCGUGGGGGGCUGUAUUUGAUGCAAUUGUGGCCUGUUCGUUCGUAUCUGAGUCGUUAAUUGUCGUCGGUCGCCGGCAUCCUCCCCCGCGUGGCUAAUUACUCUGCCUAGGGGGAAUCUCAACACAGCAUAUGGGAGCCGGUGGUUUUGCUUAAUCGACCGCGGACCGGAGAACAAUGACUUGAGCAGCUAGCGGCUCACGCAGUUGUCACCUCUUACAAGAAUUUCGGCCUUGUCAACCUUGAGGAUGUUACCUUAUCUCGUCGAAUGAGUCGCGACUGGGGAAUUAUCGUCAUUCCUCCUCCUGCUGCUGCUGCUGCUGUUGCUGCUGCUGCUUGGUCGGCCACCCGCGUCAGGAGCAGUCAUCCAGUUGCUUUGACCACAACUGCAUUAGAUGCGGCAAACCACUCCUGCACGUUCCCUGUCGUGGCAGUUCUUUCGGCUUCGUGACUUGGUGCCGGACGUUUGUCUCCGGUCCGUGUGUAACCCGAACUCCAGGUGUUGUGAGAAGGCGACUGACUACUUCUGAUACAUGCUUCACGUACAAUAACGACUACCAAAACUUGAGGCCGGAUGAAUUUGGUUUCAUCUCGUUUGCGCAUGCACCAGUUGGUAAAGUUACCCUGGUAAACAUUCGCUCAAAGCACCCGUCGAGGAUAUUGUAGAUGGUCAGCCUCGUUUUCGGUUUCACUCCUUGGAUCCUAAUUGUAGCAUGUGUUCAACGGAGACCACGGUGAGUUCGCUCCUGCUCGGAUCUAAUGUAUAAUUCUAUUAUUUUCUUCCUAAUUCGAUCUUCAUUGUGACUCCCGUCUCCGAUCAACUCGAUAUUACUGGUGCCCCAUUCCGGCGAACCGAUGGCCUAGCUCGUGUGUGACGCGCACAGAUGCGGGUUUAAUCAGUGUGCGCACGCCCAUCUCCGAUCGGCCCCACCCUUUUUGAGCUUAGUGGUUGUUGAAAGGGACUGAAGUAGGGUCUGCGAGACAGUGACGGCGGUGAUCGUCGCUUAUGACGGAAGACCGCUACCGUCCGCUCACCAUUUGAAAUUUGCAUCGGAGUUGAGGAGAGAAACGGCAGCCCGUCAGAAAACCAGUGAUCUAUCCUAACUUUUACCGGCCGGUAUCAGUUGCCUACGUCCUCAGUUUCCAUCAAAAGAGUCGUCUUUUGGGAUUAUUUCGCCUUGGGUAAAGUCAAAUCGCUGUCACUUGCGUGAUUAUUGAUCAACUACCGAAGAUAUUUCAACUGGUCCACGUGGACUGAUCUUGUACUAAACCCCCGCGUUAUUUCUUCAGACGUCGCGCCUGCUGCAAACUCCACUGGCGUAACACCGCCACAAGAGUGACACUUUUGGGUGGAGGUGUAUCAACUCUGCGGUGUCCUGCGCAGCGUUCACCCCUGUCAGAUUUUUCGAUGCUAGCUGACUUCGAAAUUUGUUAACUUUCUUAUUUUCCUCUUUUCAGGGCACGGCACAGCGUCGAUGUGGUAAUUAAAUUCCGUCCAUUGUGCAAAGGCUACUUUUCGCGUUCACUACUGGUGGAAUGGGCCGAGUGCUCACCGUCUUCUAACACCCAUCUCCCAACCCCCUUCUCUGUCGCUUACAUAUGUGUAUCCGGCCGCACAUAAUCUGCACUUGUACAAUACUGUCACCCGCAUCGUCUCUUAUUCUAUUUUGUAAACUGUUUUCGGCUUUCCUCCAAAUUAUCCUUUUGCUGCUACUACUAGUAGUGGUGUAAAUUUCCUUUUCAAAAUUGUGCCUCUGUGGCCAUGGCUUUAACCUCCGCAAUCUUCGGGUCUGUGUGUACCAGAUCGACUCUAUUUUGUGAAUACUUUGUUCAUCCGCAUUCAACUGGUUCGCUCGCGCAUUUUAACCAUAUAUUUCCGGGUAUAUAAUGUUUGCAGCAAUGAGUUGCCAUUUCUGUUCACCCCCAACUCGGCACACGUCAAUCUGGCUGAGCUGAGUUCACGCGGCACUUGCUACUACGUUUACUUAAGUAGGCGUUGUUGAAUUAGGUAUUUCCUGGUGUGCCAGGGAAAGGUGGCGUGUGCGGAGGCGGUGUGGUUUCGCAGCUGUGAACUCCCCGGUUGGACCAGUCAGUGCGCGCCAAUCCUAAAGUUGUCCCUGGUAAACCGGUGUUCCAAUUCUCAUUGGAGCGUGUUAUAAGAGCCUUUGUAAAAUUUGUUGAUAGCAGGUGCACACUAGAGAGAAAACACUUUCUACUAGGAUGCGGCAGGGUGUUAGCAUAGUCGACACCAAGUGUGGGAGAAGACGCCGGAAGCUAAUGUACCUAAGUGGUCUACAUCGAUCCCUACAACGGGCCGCGACUCAGAUGCGCUGGACCAGAACGGAGGUCUGGUUGGCUCACGGCACCCACGAAUUUGGCCGCGUUAAAUCUGAGCGAGCCCUUAACUGCUGCCCUAUAUGUGUGUGAUGGUUCGUCUUCGGGCCAUGCCAGUCACUGCGCCUUAUCGUAGCGUAAGCUGCUUGACAUACCCUGAUGACCGACAUGUGCAUUGGAGAGAUAAUAACUGACACAUCUAAUACAUCAGAACUCGUUAAGAAUCGUGACUAGGAAGGUUGCCGGCAGCCUGAAUAACGUUGCCUUCUCAGGACUCAGAGAAGACUCGGGUGGCCGACAGGUGCAUUGGAGAGGGGGGUGGGGUGGAGCAGACACUGGGACAUCCGUUCCCACUGAACGUCAGCGACUGCCGCUCCAAUAAUAACUCUGACACACUGAGUCUAUCAGAAUUCGUUAAGAAUUGUGACUAGGAAGGUCGCCAGCAGCCGGAAUAACUUUGCCUUCUUAGGACUCGAUGUUAGGCCUCAUUGUCAUCCAGGCAAGGUGUGAGUCGCCCUUACUGUGGCCUGAUGCAUGCCUGUGACGCGUGGAUGGGCUGUGUAGUUUCGUCAGUCGUUUUGCGUUCCUCCCCGGUCGCCUGACCUUCGUUUUGUCACCGUAACAAGGUAAGUGAGGGGAAAUUGUGCAGUACGUAAAUCUACCGGUACUACGAGCGCUCCAUACGGCACGCGACUGACGCUAUUGCUUGCGACAGCCGAACUGUCAAUGUAACGCUCCAGCAAUUGUGGGAAUCACGUUCAAGUUUACUUUAAGAAAGAGUAAGUCCUCUCGCUCCCUGCGUCCGGGAUCAGUGCUAUCAAAUCUCAUCGCCUUGCCUGCCCACUCCCGUCCCAACCACACAAAUGCCACAAGAGUUCCUAUCAGGAUCGUUUCCUUUACUUAUCCACCAUCCCAUGGAGUUCCUUAUUUUUAGACGUAAACACCAGCUUACAGGAUAUCACCCACUUCUGGCCCAAAUUCAAAUCUCCCUAAAUUUAUUGGGCACCAACUGGUCGACCCAAUCAGUCAAUUUCUCAGGUCCACCACAUGAAUAGGUGAUGAGAUGCACUAGAGUUAGUGGAUGAAGGUAAGAGAGAGAGAGAGAUGCUGAAGUAGGCAAGAACGGCAGGAUUUAUCGGUACCAAAAAAUUUCGCGACUGCUCUUCAGCUGCUUCCUGUCGCUUCAUAAGAGAGAUAACGAGUGAGAACAAUACAACAGAUUUGAAUUCGUGCAGAAAAUCGAUGCAGAAACAGCAAGGUCAGGGUUUUGGACAAAGUUGGCUAAUCGAUAAAGUUAGUAACACAAACACCGUAGAGGAAGAAAGUGAAAAAAGGGGAACGUUGAAGAGCAAAAAAUGAGAGGAGAGAGGGGGGAUCAUGGAGCUAGAGGCUACCAUGGCAAUGUUAGGUUAACCACGUGUUCCAAUUGUUUACAAAGAUCUGGUUUCACUCGUCGUAUAUAAGCCGCCUCCAGGUAACGCAAUGUCCGAGUUGUUCGUGCCCGAACAAGUAUUCGGAAGGAAGUUUUGGGGUCGACGGUGUCCGGGAUCAGUGCUAUCAAAUCUCAUCGCCUUGCCUGUCCACUCCCGUCCCAACCACACAAAUGCCACAAGAGUUCCUAUCAGGAUCAAAUCUCAAUCCGUUAGACUGCAAAACAGCGUUUUGCCUAAAACCUAGGGGUUCAUAUACUCCCAGACUUUAUGGUUUACCAAAAACGCAUAAAAGGGAUAUACCCUUAAGACCAAUUUUAUCUAUGUAUAAUUCCCCUUUUCACAAACUAGCACAGUGGCUAUUCAAGCAAUUAGAGCCAAUCCGACGACGUUUUUCUACUUACACGCUAAAAGACAGCUUCCACUUCAUUGAAGAAAUCAAAAAUCUAGACAUUUCUGGCAAAUACAUGAUAUCCCUGGAUGUAUAAUCUCUUUUCACUAACGCACCUCUAGAUGAGACAAUAGACAUAAUAUGCACCCAUGCAUCAGAAACUCGUCUGCCACCAGAAACACUACGAGACGCAUUAAAAUUGUGUACAAAGAACGUUCAAUUUCUCUUUAAUCGUCAAUUAUAUAGACAAAUUGAUGGAGUGGCCAUGGGGAGUCCACUUGGCCCUACCUUUGCUGACAUCUUUAUGGGUCAUCUAGAAGAAUAAGUGUCUACCAAAUUAAAGAAGCUUCCAUUCUACAAAAGAUACGUGGAUGAUGUUUUCGCUAUUGUUAAGGACAUUAAGGAGGCUGAAGAACUGCUUUCUAUUAUGAAUAAGCUGCAUCCAAAGAUGAAAUUUACAAUGGAGAAGGAACAAGACAACCAACUAUCCUUUCUGGAUGUUCUUAUGUUUGGAAAGGAAGAUGGUUCUAUAAGACGUUCUGUCUUACAUAAGAAUACUUGGAAGGGACAUUACUUGCAUUUUUUGAGUUUUGUACCUAUCCAAUGGAAACGUAACUUUGUAUACGUUCUUUUCCAAAGGGCUAGAAACAUUUGCUCUAAUGACACACUGGAUGCAGAAUUUGUCCGCCUCAAAGAAGCUCUACUUAAGCGUGAAUACACCGCACGGUUCAUCCACAAAUACAGCAACUCUACACGGCCAAAACUGACAGAGCAUUCAGCUCCGAAAAAGCCCGUCUUUAUAUCUUUGCCCUUUAAGGGCGACAAUAUUUUAAAUACUAUCAAACGACGGCUACGUUCUGCCAUUGAAAGGACGUACAAUGCAGCCGAACUAGUAUUCUGCAGUCCUACUAAGCCACUUCCGAUUCCACGGGCAAAGGAUGCCCUGCCAAUGCACGCCACGUCAAAUUGUGUUUAUGAAUUCACAUGUACUUGCGGAUGCAAGUACAUUGGGUGAACGCAAAGGCAGUUGGCAGCCAGGUCCAUUGAGCACCUGCCCAAGUGGCUCCUAAGACAAGAAAAUAAGAUCUUGCGUUCCUCCAUUACGAAACACCUACUUGAUACUGGUCACACCGUCGACCCCAAAACUUCCUUCCGAGUACUUGUUCGGGCACGAACAACUCGGACAUUGCGUUACCUGGAGGCGGCUUAUAUACGACGAGUGAAACCAGAUCUUUGUAAACAAUUGGAACACGUGGUUAACCUAACAUUGCCAUGGUAGCCUCUAGCUCCAUGAUCCCCCCUCUCUCCUCUCAUUUUUUGCUCUUCAACGUUCCCCUUUUUUCACUUUCUUCCUCUACGGUGUUUGUGUUACUAACUUUAUCGAUUAGCCAACUUUGUCCAAAACCCUGACCUUGCUGUUUCUGCAUCGAUUUUCUGCACGAAUUCAAAUCUGUUGUAUUGUUCUCACUCGUUAUCUCUCUUAUGAAGCGACAGGAAGCAGCUGAAGAGCAGUCGCGAAAUUUUUUGGUACCAAUAAAUCCUGCCGUUCUUGCCUACUUCAGUUUCGUACCGGGGACAAAAUGCUUCAAAUUUUUAAGAGAGAGAUGCAUUUUAUUUUGAAAGUAUUGAUCUGCCACAAUUGUCUAACUGUGGGUACGCAAAUGGAAGAUAGUCGCAGGUGGCAGUUAUUUCACAGAGAAGAAGGUUUAGUGGCUGUUUUCGAAGUUUGGGCUGCUUUCGUUGACUGUUACCGCUGAUUGUUGUGAAAACUUAAUGGUUUCUUCUCAAGCUCACGGUCGACCGGAAAAACGUAUCGAUUAUCGACUACAUUUCCCGUUAAUUCUGGCUCAAUGACUCGGGUUCUAAAGGUCAACAGUGCCUUACAUAGCACUGGACAUUUAUCGUCAAGCGUUGCAUCAAAAAGUAAGUACUAACCGUACUGCUUCAUGUCUUGAGUCGCGAAUGUGUGCUGUAAUCAGCUCCCGAGAGGUGCUAUAAUGAAUCUUUUUAUUCUUUUGUAAAGUGACCUGAACACAUUUAUGGGAUCGCUAAUGGUGUUACGAAUCUGAGAGUUUUUGAUCACUUCGACUAUGCAUAUUGCGAUCAUUCCAGUUGCAGCAGUGCUACGGUUUGGCGAUAAACAACAUGCAUUGGACUUGGUGGCUUUCGGCGAGGUGGCGCGGCACACCGAAGGCCUUCUUUCUACUACGCGGCCCUGUAAACGUUCUCGUUGUGAACCCACAGUAAGGGUCGCAAGUGUCUUGUCUCUAAUCGCGUCAGCCCAAACGUGCGCUGACAUUGUCUUUUCCAGAUUGUUGCCAUCUGUGCGAAGGGAUGCUUUCACCGGGGACUCCAUACCGAAUUUGUAUGUCUUCCUGAAUAAUAGUGGAAUAACGAAUUUACCCUUCGCAGUCCAUCCUCCAUAGUAACUGUGGCUUAAUCUCAAUAUCGCCCUAGUCUACAUCGCAGAGUCCUUCUGCACUAUGAGCAGACAUGGGCCAUGGAAAAUACCGGGGAGAUCAAAAUGUCUUGCGCGGUUGACGCUGGGUGUGAGACAGCCUCAUAACGUCCCGAUGGGACACAUUGCCAACAGUGUUCAAACGCUGGAGACUUGUGUUGCGAUAAACGGAAUGGAGCAGAAGAACCGGAUACUGGAGACCCAAGCGCUGAAGUCAACUGUGAUGUUGAGCAUCUAUGUCGUGUCUGAGCAGAUGCAAAUGCCAUCAAGCGGCCGCAUUACGAGGCCGACUGAAGAAUAUAUAUUGGUCCAGCGUUGUUACGGGUUAACAGUUGUUACAUUUAGAGCAGUCGACUUCAGCAUUAGCCAAAUAAAUGAUAUCACGAGGAAAAAUAGACUCAAAAAAAAAACUAGAAGGGCGUUGACUAAUGAAAUAGGGGUCCAGUUCGUACAGGUAUGCCCAAACAAGCACUCAUACUCAGUGUCUGAAUUGAUCUUGUUGGGCAUUUUCGGAUUCAUCGUAAUCAUUUACAACCAACUCACCCGUACACAACGAAACAUAACCAUCAAUUUACAUCGUUCACUUUUUGACGUCACCGUAGCAUUCCUUUCCUCUCUCACUUUCUUCCGGUCGGACAUCAUCGAAGUCAUUAAACUGGGGGCACCGUCAAAACAGACAUGGCUCGUGCCAUAUGGACGGAUUCCACGUUAACUUGCCUUUCUUGUGAAUGUGAAUUCAACCUAAGUGGUUUGGGAAGUUCACUUGAGAAUCCUUUUAAGCACUUCUAUGGUUGCAUUUGCCGAGGGGUGAUGUCCCAGUGGCUUGUUUUGUUAGUUACAGGGGGUGGCGCGUUCAAGUGGCGCAUGGGUAGCCGCGACGCUGUUUGGACGGAAUUGUGUCCGAGCUGAAGUCGGCCGAGUGGGUUCAGGUCAGCUCGUCUGGGACGCCUCGCUGCAAGGGGUGAAUGACCUUGAGGCAGCGAGGUCUUGAACAAUGACGCCAGGCCGGUUAUGAUGGUUGCUCGCCACAGUACCUUCACUGGUCAGUAAUAACAAAUUAGAUCUAACCAAAUCAUUUUAAACUAUUUCUAGUUCUCUCUGGACGCCAGUGAGCAAACUGUCUCAUGUUACGAACAUCGACCAAUUCCGCAUCAGGGUAGGAUUUGCCUCUUAUAUAUUUCGUUCGCAUUUCAUUCUUACACGCGCUGAGGAUAGAGUGACCAAUUACGUAUGUUAAUGGUAUGUUCACUGCUGACAUGUGCAUUGGAAUAUAUUUCGUCAGGAUUAGGGAAUUCUUUCGACAGCGAAAAUGACAAGCAAGUGUCUUUCUGGCUCUUUCGAAUUCCUGUUUCUUAAUAUCCUGUGUCGGAAUAGUGUAAAUUGUGAGGCUCAUUAACCUGCAGUCACUAAAACUAAGCACACGUUGAAGUGCUACAUGAUCCUAAUGUAUUAUAGGUAAACCGGAAUCCCGAAAUAAGAAUUUCUGGGCGACGAGUCGCACGUAUGAAUAAGUAGAGGAACGACUACUCAAGUGCAUUCGGAUAGGGUGGUGGUCACUUAAGCCGUCAGGCAUUCCGAAUUUUGUGGACUGCUUGUUCUUAUCAUUGCUCAGACAGUUUCAUGUGCGAGGCGAAUGUUGCACGCCUGUCCAACUACCGAAAUUGUUGAUCUCAUAUAUUUGGCUACCUCACCUUCCUGUCUAUUCUGAUGGUCUCGGCGAAGUAGCUGCUAUCCCUGUGUCAAAUUCGCGAUAUCCAUGAUUUCGAGCUUAAACCACGCGCAUACUUCUUAGGAUCUAAAUCAAAAGUCUGCCGAUGAUACUGAGAAGUAAUUUUGCUCCUAGCGCCUUAUCCAUGUAGGUUAUUUGGAACGGCGAAGGCGUCAGCGGGGACGCAGAAACGGCCGGAUAUAGUUCUUCUGGUGGCUCCAUAAUUAUGAAUGUAUCGAGCUAUUUAAGCAUAGCACCAAAUAAAUGCAUAUGAAGACGGCAGCUGGACAAAAUAACUUGCAACAAAUGCUCAAAGUACAGGGAAGACCGUGCUAUAUAAGCAGGAGAUUCAUCAAGAGUAGCAAGUGGCAUCGCUGUACAUGCAGCAUUAUCGGAGGGGACAGCGGGUCUGCGAGCGUCAGCGCUGAAUGGUCAUGAGGGUGUCUUAAUGGUAGACAGGGUGACAGACGAGCGGGAUUAGAAAAUGUAUCAGACGCAGUACCAGAGGGAAAUCGACAUAUUCACCCACACGCAGUUGAACCAAUCCUCCCUGGAUGACGAAGAAAGUCGUCCGAGCGAUUUAACCAACACUGUCAUAUUUUCGGUACCUUGAAUAUUGCCUGCCUCCAGAGAAAUUUCCUUCAAAGAUGUAUUAUUUCUGCACCCAUUAUACUUAGGUACGUCUUGUGAAGGCUGGAUCUGCCGAUAGGCCAGGCUUUAAGCUCUCUCCAUUUCGAUGGCUCGGGCAGUGAAAAUUCAAAAAAAAGACUGACGCGUGAACGAUUCGGAGUACGCCUUUCCUGCUCAAAUGUAGCUGCGUUUGCUUUUCAUCAAGGAGGGUAAAGUUUAGUGGUCUUGGCCGCUUCGGAUGACCCCUGCAGUAGUUCAUUUAACCACUAAGUUAUAUAACGAAACAUACUUUAUCAUUCCAUCUGUAUUAUGUCCCACUUUGUGAUUCAGCGUGUUCGACUUUCUGCAGCGACUAUUUUUUCGUUGCCGUUUAUUUCCCAUCAGUUUUAAUUUACAUAUAGAAGUUAUCACAUGAGUUUUCUGGUAUUUAUUUACCGGCUUUUAUCCGGUGCGAUUCUGCCUGCCUUUUUCGAACUUGCCCUUCUGAGGAUUUGAUGUUGGCCUAGUAUGGUUAUCCUAUCUUUAACAACGUACCUUGGUCCCUGUUUAUCAGUCGUUGGAGUCCUAUGUGGGCUCUAACCCAUGUGAAAAAUGUUGUACAGUGGACUCCUUGUACCUGAAAAAACCCCAAUGACCUCCAAUUUUGGGUUAUGAAUGAAUUCUAUUAAAGCAAAGCUUAGUCGUUGUACCAUAUAUUCUUUUAUUGAGCUCUUCUUUCACGCAAACUUUGGAAAGGCUUGGUUCGAUGUCUAGGAUGCUACAGGAUGACCGAUAGUUUGACUGCCGUUAGAUGUAUGCUAAUAGGAGAAAGUGGGGUCGGUAAAACGAGCCUUGUUAUAAGCUAUGCGCGGGAUGAUUACCCGGAAAAUUAUAAGCCAACUGCACUGGAUAAAUAUGCGCGUGAGUUUUUUUGCAUUUCGUUUGAUUAACACUCGGUUUUUUAACAUACGUUUUGCUCAAAUAAACCGUUGAAUAUGCUGCAGAUACAUAAGGUUAUGGUUAGAGCAAGGUUUCUGUCCUUCCCUUGAGGAGCCUGGGCACUGUCAACGCUGAGACAAGUGAUCGGUUCUGAUGUUUUGAUUCGCGCCAUUGCCAUUGCGGGCCUGACGACGGUUUCUAGUAUUAACUCGAGGUACCAGCGUAACUGGCUUGUUCCGGCGGCCCACUCGACUUUUAUACCUCCUAUGAAUUCUGUUGCUUUUGUUUGUCCAGGGUUUUCUGAGCGUCUAGGCGUCAUGUUACGAAUGCCUAUUGUCUUGCGGCUUGUGUUCUGGUUUUAGUCAGCUGACAUCUUGGUCAAAUAUUCUCCCAAGUUGUCAGUCACUUGCAUAUUAAGUAGACCUGCCUUAACUAGCUGUUCAUCGGCCAAUUUGACGGUCCUCCGUUCAUCACCAAUCAGCGAAUUUUUUUUUACAACGAAACGAUUUUGUUUACUUUUGCAUGAUAUGACAUGGGAGUCUGCCAUGCUGUCCAUCUUUUGCUGGUUUGCAUACAGCAAGGUUAUCUACUAAAGUCUCUGCGAAUCGUUCACUUGGAUAUUGCGCAACCCCAAAGCCGUGAAUAAAAGCCUUUAUUCGAGGUUCUGAGGUUUGCGGACUCCCAGCGUCACGUGAUUUCAAUUUAGCUGACUAGAUGACUCGCACGUGCAAUGGACCUACCGUAGACCUGUUCAGUGGUGGCAAUGUAUUGCGCGAUUUCAGCUGAGGUAACGUAUCCAGGCGAGCCUCCGUUGCUCUUGAAAUUACUUUUAGUCCUGUUUAAAAAGGCUCUAUCUGUCAAAGUUCUUAUACAAGCGAUGUCUGUUGUUGACUGGAGUCAAGCAUCUCAGUCUACUAGAGGGGUUGCCUUAUUCGCAUUCAGCUGCUGUCCCCAGUGUUUAGCUCUGACCACAUCGUCAAUAUCCAGCGUAGUUUGCCUUGUCAGACCAUGAAAUGUAAAUGAUAGAAAGACAUUCUCAGUAAUUCGAAUUAUAAGAUUUUCGUCAUAGACUUGAAUCCCCCUUCCCCCGCCACCUGCUUUUUUGUAACAGCUGGAUGCUCCGCGAUAAUCCUUUAUAUCACCUUUCCCUCGUUAUUAUCGGUGGGCACUAUGGUGACAAGAAGGUAGGGGACACCAGUUGAUUUAAUCUCUGGUCUGAUGUUAAGUUGUGUCUGUAAGCAGAGCUCUUCAGCGCUAAAUUUCACAGUCUAUACAAUUCUGUGCCCGUGUCUUUUUUGCCCCAUCGAUUUCCCUUCUUUGCCGGUAUUGUCGGGGUAGUAAGGAUCCCUGUUGUAGGUGUUUGGGUCUCUUUGAGACCCUAUAAUCCCAGCAGUAAUCCCUAUAUCGUGUCCUUUCUGCCUCCGCGCAAUUCGGAGCAGUGUAAGCCUGGUUUCAGUAUUCGCCAUGAAUUUUGCGAAUUUUUUACUCAGGGUGGGUGGUUCUCGAAAGACCAGAUUCAAGUCAUGCUUUUUAUGUAAAAGGGAAAUUCGGCUUCUCAUCAAAAGCUCAUACGGACAAUAUGCUUUCAACAUUUUCGGUCAAAAUUUCAUCCAAUCAUGGAAGAAGGCACUAGUGAUCAAACGGUCUGAAUCAGACAAACAAGAUUUAACCCUACCUUCUAUCUGGCUUGUGUCUAAUUGUCACGCGGAAGCAGGAACCCUUAAUAUGCUUGUAUGAAUUUUGGUCGAGUGCCGCGUCCGCCACCUUCGUCACAAUUUUGGAGCUACGACACCCUCAAUUAUUCAUCCGGUUAUAGGAUGCCGAAUUGCAGAGGAAAUUAUGCGCCAAGACCCUACUUAGAACCAAGCCUUGUCAGUCAUAGAGCCGAGUGCUCUCAUUUUUGUAGGUUAGCCUGAGACGCCCCAGAUGUAUUUUUCAUGGCGCCGUUCGGCUGCCUGGUUAGUAAGAGCCCUUGGGAUGCGAUUUAGUGAUUUCAUGAAGUCCGUAUAUCAAAUUGACUCGCAUAUACAGUCUUAUGAUUUUAGAAUUCAACUCCAUACAAUAUAAGCGACCAAAUACAAGCAUUGCAAUCCCGCGCUUCAUUUUCCAGCAGAUAUCCCAUAGUUGUUAGAAGUAGUAAAGACUAACAUAAACCAAAUUAAUCUACAAUCCACUAGACGACUACCAGGCUCACGUGAUUAAUAGGUGUUUUUGCAGAUUUUGAAGAAUUCAUUUUGCCGGACUGUGAAAAACUCGGCGCCUCGGUGGGAUUCGAACCCACGACAGCAAGAAUAAGUUGCUAUUGGACAACCUGGCCCAAAUGUGAUUAAAAUCACGGCCGGCGGUGGGACCCCGUUGCUCAGGUGGCUAGAGCGUUGACUGUACUAGAGUCUUCUCCUUGCCUUCGUGGGUUCGAAUCCCACCGAGGCGCCUAGUUUUUCACAGUCAAGUCAAAAUAAUCGCCAAAACACCCGUUACAAACCUUUUUCAUCUUUAAAAAUUCUCUGCCCAGAUUUACGUCCAAAGAAGUCUCUCUUAAUUGGCUCACAUCUUGUAAGCACUGUGGCGGUCGUCGUAGUCUCUAAUCUAGUUUGAGCAAACAGGCAUGACCUCAGUGGUUGACGGAUUGAGCUGUCUGCCUACCGAUUAGGAUAUCUGUGCAUCCAGAGAGCCUCAGAGCACUCUCCUGCCUACUUGUUAUGCACUUAAAUAAAUACGCGAACUACCGGUAUUGGCUGUGUAUGUUACUUAGGUAUUGUUGUAAUCUUGGAGUCAGUCCUUCUCCUGCUUAGCGACUCCUCUGUGAACUUCAGACAUUACGUAUUUUACCCUAACUGCUAUUGUUACUCCACUAUGCCCUAUGCGAUUUGUUUUCUCAUAUCUUGAAACUCUUACUAGUUUGAUUAUUAGCUCUCAGUUAUUAUGGGGACCGUGUGAGUAAUUAAUCUUUUGCAUUUUUUGCUGCUCCAGUCCUCAUGAACAUUCGCUUAUUAAUUUCGUGGCGCAUGUUACAAGCAUAAGCGGCCAGUGCCGUUCUACGAAAAUCCAGUUUCUGUUCAGUUGACAAACUCUAAAGAGCUAGUUCACCUAUCAUUCCUCCAUGCCUAUCUUUAAGUCGCCCCGGGGACAUGUUUAGUCUCAUUGGCUUAGUCAGAAAAAAAAACACUGGAUCAUUGUUAAAUUACGUCCCGAAUUAGUCCGUAUACUGGUAACUGGCUAACCGCUUCCGUAAUCCAAACUCAGUAGAUGCACUUGCCUUUUCCGCAUGCAAACCGCAAUUUGUGAGACAGGGCGUCAAUUCGCUGCACGGUGGCGUGCAGCUGUCAGUCGAGAUUGCUCGGAUAAUCACGUCGUACGUACUGGCAUCUGAUAUUUUCUGAUCUUCGAGCUAGACGAGGCACGCUUUUGGGAUGCAGGAGGGGGGGGGGGGUUACCACAGUCAGUAUUUUAGAUUUAUUUUGGGGACGACGUGGAAAAAAUUGUUCAUGGCCUUGUGGACUGGGUAAUACCUUCGAACAGAGUCUAUCCUCCCAAACACCUAUCUUCACUUCGGUUUCACAAGAUCAGAUUUCGGCAAUUCAUGCUUGUACUUAACUGUCUUGAUCCGAUUUCCAGUCAAUGAAUGAUUCAUAGAUACUCAAAUUACCACUUUAUUGUCAGCGCCCUCCGGCUGGAACAGACUUUCAACGUUGCUCAUUCGCUUUGGGACUCCUAAGGCUAAAAUGCGUCACAGUAGCUAUCAACGAACACCGCAAAAAAAUGGCACAAUCUACGUAGCCAGAAUGUUGCCUUGCUUUUCUGUAUUUUUGUUUGAAGAUCAGUUUUUUUUCGCAUUGUUUACCCACUUAACCGAAGUUCACGUCUCUUUGCAGUGGAUAUAUGCAUGGACAACCGCCGGAUUAAUGUGCAGAUUUGUGAUGCUGGAGGCGAUGUAAGUCUCCCUCACCGAUUCGUGCUUUUGCUUUUUUUUCGGUUUCUUCCGAUCUGACCCUAUGAAAAAUCAUAUUUUUUUUCGGGUUUUUCGGGGUUGCUGGUAAAUUAGAUGAUGCAACUCACAGAACGUGGAUUGAGAACCUUCAGUGCGCCAUCACACUAAAUAAAAUUGUCUAGAUGAAGGUUACAAAACUGAUUAGCAGGGAGAAACUCCCAGGUCGGCUCCUAUAACACAGCAUGCUGGAUUGUAGCUGCACAUCGGCACAGGCCGGGCAAACUGCACUCGGAACAGACGAUUACUGCAGCAGUGUAUACCCAUUCAAUGCAUUUUCAAUGCCUAUGUAAAUUCGAUCAUACUUAUUAGGAAGAAUACACAAGAACCUCUUCCUUGUACUCACUUAAUUGGACACUGUGCUACUUUCAAUUAUCCUACUUGAAGAGGAGCAGCACUCCGCUUUUCCAAAUCUCCGAUGGCUUAUGUUUAUUUCGAGGCACAAUCUGCGUUUUACUUACCGUUAAGGUUUUUAAACGAUGUGCUGUUUGUUUUUUGGAGCAAAACACACAACCCUACCCGCUUCCAUAGAUCCUCACCUGGCCCACUUAGAAUAUUGCAGUACGUACGGAUCAUUUCGCAUACUUUUUGGUAGUAGUUAACCACCAAAAUGAGUAUGUGGUCGACGAUAUCAGAAAAUUCCAUAAUUGUGGACCUUUUGAACACCUUAACCCUUCUUUCAAGCAUAAGACCGGAAGACGUGGUUUUCUGUAAAUUCCUUUCUUGUGCCCUCCUUCUAUAGGACACCAUUGACUUUAUGCAGCAGUCGAAAAUCGCCGGCAAAAAGUCUAAGUUGCUUGGGUAG